CCUGCUUUUCACUGGUGCCAGUUCUAAUCUGUUUCCACAGUGCAGCAAGGAAUGAAGCUUACGCCCAUCCCACAUCUUCAAUGGACUGUGCAAAAUGAGAUUUGUUGCAGUCUUAUUGGCAGAGGGCAAAUGCCCACAUCCUAGAAAUGACCACAGAAACGGGCAGUAGUAGUUGGGAUGCAGGUUACAGAAGGAGAAAGCUUCCGUACCUUCUGUCACUUUCAGAAAAAGGCUGCAAUAGAUGGACAGGGAAGUAAAGGAAAGCUUGCACUGUCACUACCUUCAUUAACCCCCAUCUCCCCGCACGCUUUGAACGGAUGCAGAAGGUGCAACUGCUGCAAUUGUCAAGCCCGUAUCUUUCACCAGCAAUUAAAUCUGCUGAUAAACAAGCAUUUAAUUUUCCAGUAACUGGUUGCCACAUCUAACUUUGUCAGGUAGCCUGUAACCUUUCCUCCUUCAUUCCGGGUCACAUGUCCUUUUCCAUUCACGUCCGAAAACUCUAAUUCCAAACUACUUUUUCCUUUCGUGGUUGCUGAUUUUUAUUUUUUUUUAAAGCGGCAAAUGGGGCGGGGAACGAGGGAGGACCAGAAGGUGAACCUACUGGUGUUAACAGUCUCCUGCUGCGUCGUUAAGCGCUCCUGAACUCAGGUGAUUAUUUGGAGCCAUGCCACGGCUGGAAGAAGAUGAUGAUGAGGAUGAAGAAGAGUGUCGGGUAUUUGCUUGCUCGCUGACGGUCGUUUGCAAGACAACCCUGUCGCCUUUCUGUCUCUUGCUGUGCUCCUGGUGCUUCUUCCAGCUGGUCGGAGGAGGAUUCUCGGAGGGUCCUAGCGUGGAAGGAGAAAGAGCGGGGCUGGCAACGGUUUGCGGACGGAAAACCAGCAAGCCUGUAUUUUUCACCAGGCACGAAGGACUUAAUAACCACCCAGAGUAAAACUGGCAGACGAGUCAAAGGAAGGUAGAGAAGGGGAAAUCAUGGAGAGCAAAAGGAAACUCAAUCGUGGUUAGAAGCAAAGAAAAAGAAAGAAAUGCUACAGGGGAAAGGGGGGUGGGUAGGGAAAAAAAAUAGAAAUGAAAGUAUAAAAAACAGAGUGAGAAACACUGAUUAUCUCUCUCUGCCCCGCCCCCCGCCUCUAAAAACCCCCCUCCUAAUUUGCAAGUAGGGAAGGGGAGGGGGAGGAGCGGCAUGUACCACUAAUUCUCAAAGGGAGGGGGAGGGAGCCAUUGUGACAUACCCUCCGCUCCCACCUUCCCGCUCCCGGGUGCCCGGCUUCCUCGUCGGAGGCGUCGAGUCGUUGAGACCAGGGACGUCCCGUCAGAGAAAGGCCUUCAGGGAAAGAGAAGCACAAAGGAGGGGGGGACCCGCGCUCUCAACUCCCCUCCCCUGGCGGUCGGGAUGGUCCGUCCCGUUCCUUCGGUGGGAGGAGGAGGAGGAGGAGGGGCAGCGGGCGCGACGCCUCCCCGCGCAGCGACACACGAACCCGGCGCUGCGAAGGGAAGGAGGCGGAGGAGGAGGCUGCGCUGCCGAGCCGUAGCGGCGGCGGUUGCUGCUGCUGCUGCUGCUGAGAACGGAGCCCCCAGCAUGGCCGGGUCCAUUGUGGCGGCGGACGCUCCGCCGGCUCCUCCCGGCCGCCGCCGCCGCCGCCGCUGCUCGUCCUCUUCCCCUCCAUCUCGGCUCUGUUGCCACCGCCGCCCGGCUGCGCCCGCCCUGCCCGGCUUGCUCUCGCUGGGCUUGCUCCUCUCCCGCGUCUGCUGCGGUGAGUCGCCGCAGAAACUUUUCUCUCUUUUUUCCGCGAAGGGGGCGGCGGCUCCUCUCCGGACCAAACCAGUUCCCUCUCCCCCUCCACCCUCUCCCCUCCGUCGUCCGAGCGCGGGGCGCGAAGGGGCCGCCGCUGUGGGAGGGACGGAGGUUGAGAAAGAGCGAGCGAGGGAGGGAGAAGUGGCGGGCGGGACUUAGGGGAAACUUUUCCCUCAACCGCUAGUCGGGAGAAGUUGCGUGUCCGGUGGAGGCGAGGUGGGCCAAGCCGGAGGCGAGAGACCCCGGCCGGAGGCGCAGGGGCGGCGGGAGGAGGGGAAGUGCCUCGCGUCUUUUCUCUUCAUGAGGGGAAAUGGAGGAACCCACCUCGAGGGUCCUUCCCCCCCACCCCUUUUUCAAUAUUUCGCGAGGGGGGGCUGGAGGGUGAGCUUAUUCGGUGUGUGGGGGGGCGGUUGCUGCUUCUGGGUGUGGCGCUCGAGGGGGGCUUCUUGUGAAGGGGGGGGCCGCGAAGCCGGGCAAGAGUUGUGGGGCGUCGAAGAGCAAGCGAUGUGUGCGAGGGUGUGUCUUGUCUGCAGCUCAUGUUCCUCUGCUGAGAGAAAUAUUCGUUUUCUCGUGCGCUCGUUAAAAGGCACACACAUACACAGAGGCAGCGCUUUCCGAGCCCGUGGCUGCGCUAGCACGAUCAACAUCGCCAUCCGUUACAGUGGCGGGAGGUUCCCCCCGCUUCCCCGACUUGUCUCCGGCAGGCGGGAGCCUCGAAGGUCCGCCGCUCUUUUUAAUAGUUUGUGUGUAUUUGUGCGUUGCCAACCCCGCGCAUCUGCUAUUCCGGGAGCGCUCCUCUGCCCGGCGUCGGCGCGCAGGCGGAGAGUGUGAGCGUGUGUGUCCUGCCGCCUUGUUGUGUUUUGUUGUCGGCGCUGUUGCUGGGAGUUGGAGCUGUUGGGAUUCCACUUGUCACUUGGAGCCGCCGCCGCCGCCGCCGCCGCCGAGACCGUUACGUCCGGCAUUCUGGGAGCUGCGCUGGCUGGAAGCUGCUCUCGCUCGUCUCCGUUCUGUCUCGGCUGAUGACGGGGCAGCCGUGAUUUGUGGGCAGGACAGGCCGAUGCCAUGAUGUAGCUGGCCGCCGCCCUUUUAAAUGCACCCCCUCCGGGUCCCUCUCUCUCCCCCACCCCAUCCCGUCUUAGGGAAGCCCCUGACUUCAAAAACAACUGGUGUGCUUUGCCGGAAUUGGCCAAUAGCCAGUUUGAUGGUGAGCAGCAGGUGCUGAAGCAAAUGCGAAUCUGUGGGGAUGGCUCAUCUUGGAACCACUCCUUUCAGGGACUGUUUGUAGAAUCGUAGAGUUGGAAAGGGAGCACAGGGGUCAUCUAGUCCAACCCCUGUAGAGUACUCUAUAAGGAGAGUCAAAUCAGCUGAGUGCUCCACUCAUUACACAGCCACAGCCAUUAACAGAGUCUUCCAGACUCUGAUAUACACCUGAAGAUAAUUGUAGGGUGGUGCAACAGAUGCUUGUGGAUUUACCAGAAAAGUGGUGCGUUUCAUCCAUGUAUAUACAUCACUUCAUGUCUACCUUAGUUUGUGCAAAAGCCAGAAAUCCUAUAGACCUCUGACUACUAUACUUUCAAUGCUAGUUUAAUACAUGCUUUUUAAAAUUAUCUUUUAUUUGCAGGUGAGGUGCUUAAUAGCUGUUUGAGAUAAUUUGCUCCUAGAAGAUCCACACUUUGUCCCUAAAUUCCUCCUGGCUGCUUUCAAAGCAGUUGUUGAAUGUUUGGCUCUAAACAUUUUCAGGUGCUAGAUAUGAUUGUAAACAAUUAUAUUCACCUUCUUCAGUGUUAUGGUACGCCACCAUUUCUGCAUGAUAUCUCAGUGAAAAUUCCAUUAAAGACAGCAGGUUUCAGUUGAUUCGAUCUUUUUUAACUUAGAAUUAUAGAGUUGGAAGGGACUCUGAGGGUCAUCUAGUCCAACCCCCAGCAGUGCAAGAGUCACAACUAAAGCAACCGUGACAGAUGGCCAUCCAACCUCUGUUUAAAAACUUCCAAGGAAGGCGAGUCCUCCACUUUCUGAGGGAGUCCGUUCCACCGUUGGAACAGCUGUUAUUGUUAGGAAGUCCUUCCUGAUGUUUCGUUGGAAUCUACUUUCUUGUAACUUGAAGUCAUUGGUUUGGGUCCUACCCUGUGGAACAGGAUAAAACAAGCUUGCUCCAUCCUCCAUGUGACAGCCCUUUAACUAUUGGAAGAUGGCUAUCAUAUCUCCUCUCAGUCUCUUCCUUUCCAAGCUAAACAUACCCAGCUCCCUUGAUGGUUCCUCAUAAGGCUUGGUUUCGGACCCUUGAUCAUCUUGAGCACCCCUUCUCUGCACACGUUUCAGCUUGACAGUCAAUAUCUUCUUAAAUUGUGGCACCAAGAAUUGGACACAGUACUCCAGAUGUGGUCUGAACAAGGCAAAAUAAGAGCAGUACUAUAACUUCCAUUGAUCUGGACAGCAUACUUCUGUUGGUGCAGCGUAGAAUAGCAUUGACUUUUUCUGCUGCUGCAUCACACUGUUGAUGCAUGUUAAGAUUGUGGUCAACUAAGACACAGAUCAUUUUCAGGUAUGUGUGUUAUACAAUCACCUGCAUCCCUUUUUCUCAUUCUAGAUAGUAUUACUAGUCAUCACAGCUUUUUCCAAAAUUGAAAGCUGAGGAGUUGGCUUAUUUACAGCUCUUCAUCUGAAGAUUUUUAAAUCUUCAACAAAAGGACUAAUGUAAUGAGGUAUUCAAGUUCAGCUAUAUAAGUAAACAUGAAAUAUUUACAAAUCACCAUAAUUAAUCGGAAAAAUUAACACACACUGGCUCAUCCUCCUUGAAUCUGUAUUUAAGACUAUCUGUGAAUUAGAGGUUGGUAAUGUGACACUUUUAGUCCUUUAGUGGGUACCAAGAGUGAUAAGUUGUUCAAUAUCAAAAUAUUAAUAACGUAACUAUCAUUUUAAGUUGUGCACAUCUUUGAAUUUUGUAGUGGUGUUCUUGGCUCAAAACUUACCAAAAGUGUUUUGAAAUGUGUAUUUUAGAAGAAAGUAUGUUUAGAAAUUCAUACACUGAGGUAAAAUACACUUAUGUAUGUUGUGAUAAAAUAGGAACAUAUAGCUGAAUUCAUCUGCACAGAUUCCCCCUCCCCAAUCCAGUGAUAGGCAGCAUAGACUCCUGAAAUGCAUUUCAGUCAUGAAGGGAAUGGAGCUGGGCUGGAUAAGGACCUGCUGAGUCCUAAGCUGAUCCAGCUAUUGGCCCAGCUGGCAGUGGGUCAUAUAUGUCUCUGCUAUGCCAGCCUGGAGAUGCUGCAGUGACAGUCAGCAUUCUUCAUUGAAUUCAUGAGGACUGCAGCAUUGUUGUGCCUAAGAUACUGAGAUGUGAACCAUCUCAUCUGGGGUUUAGAUCUUGUCUCUACCAUGAACUCAGUAGAUGACAUUAAGCAAACCACUCUUGGCCUUGGUCCCCAUCUGGAAUGUGGCUCUAGUAAAACUUGCCUACAUUGCAGCCGUCUCCUAAAUACCACUGACAAGAAUAUACGUAUGUAAAGUACUCUGAACAUACUAAGUAAAGCCCAAGUUAGUAUUUGUCCUAGACAUAUGCUUUAAGUUCCUUGAAGAAACCUAGCUAUUGAAUCUGUAAAGUGUUGAAUUACAUAUUGGAGAUGAUGAGGCAUUAAACACUGAAGAAUCGGGGAAAGCCAAAUUCAGAUUUUUGAGGUAUUUUAGUAAAAGAUUUACUUAGUGAAAAUUCUCUGCAGACCAUGGCAUGUGGCCAAAUGUAGUUCUUGUGGAAUGAAUCCUUGUCAUAUCUGUCAAGGUACUUAGAAUAUUUCAGUAAACAAUUAAGAGAGCCAUAUUCUACAGGAUCUUCCUCUCUUCUUCCUUUAUAUUGGCAGCACUGAAUAUUUUAAUGAUGGGCCUGAAAAUAAAACUAGUUUCAUGUCUAUAAUUUUCAGGAAGAAUUUUGUUCUUUCCUAUCAUACUUUUUAAUCCUGGAAAGUCUUUCAUAUAUUUAUCAACACAAAUUAGCUUAAGGACUCAUCAGUAGCUCCAGGUAUUUUUGAAUGAUACUGAUUCCUUCCAAUCAAAAUUUUUGGCCCAGUGUUGAAAUGGAACACACUUUGGUUGCCCUAGUGGACCGCUUGUGGGAAAUGAGAAAUGAGAAUGUAAACUUGUUGAUUUUCCUGGAGCUCUCAGUGACAGUUGAUGGCACCUCAUAGGAUUUGUGUAGGAGGGGACUUUUUUCCUUACAUGGUUCCACUGAUUUCUGGAGUGCUUGCUGCAGAAGGUGAUGCUGGGGGACUGCAGCUCUGCCACUGAGGUGCAGCAGAGAGGAUCUUGGUUCCCAUGCAUUUCAGUAUCUAUAUGAAAUGGUUGAGUGAAGUCCAGAGACACUUUGCUGAGCAGUGUUGGUAACACCCACCUUUUUUUCUCUUCCUUACCUUGGAGGCUAAGGAGGCAACGAAUCUUGAAACUGUUUGAGUGUGAGACUUGAUAGGAUGUAAAAAAAUUGAAACUUAAUCCAGACAAGAUGAAACUGCUGUUGAGUGGGAUAUUUUUCUAAAUCUGGAUUUAGGUGAUACAGAUUGUUCUGGACAUGGUUACACUCCCCCUCAAGGAUUGGGUUCAUAGUGUGGGCUGUUCCGUGACCAGCAUAUUUGUCUUGGAGACUCAGGUGACAUCAGGACAUAGGAGUUCCUUUUACUAGCUUCAACUGGCACAUUAGCUGUGAUACUUCCUGGCUAAGUCGAACCUCACCCAUCAAUCAUGCCCUAGUAACCUACAGAUUACUGCGGAAAUGUGUGAUAAAAACAAAACUUUGGUAGAAAAUGCUAGUGCCUAGCCUGGGUUGUGUGAUUAGAACAAAUGGUUGGAGUCUUGUAUUAUCUGAGCUAAUUUUAUUUGUUUCUAAGCUUAAGGUGCUGCUUUUAACUUUUAGAGCUCAACAUGGCAUUGUGACAGGAUGUCUUAAGGACCACUUUAUGUGCCAUCACUCUGUUCAACACCUGGGCCUUUGUGCCAGAUGCCAUUGCCAAAUAAAGUCCAGUAGGCAUCUGCUAGAAGCAAGAUCUUUGAUAAGGGCUACCAUGUAGAAUGCCCACCCCAGAGAUUUGCUGGGUCCUGUUUCUGUACUCCUGGCUGUAAACCUCCUUUCAGUAAGCUGCUGCUUGUUGUGGCUUGUUUAUCUGAUGUGCUUUUUCCGCUUUAUACUUCUUGUUGUAUCAUAUAUUGGUUUUAUUUUGUGAGCGGCUUUGAUUUAUAUUCCUGAUAAGGUGGGAUAUACAUUAUUAAAAUAAACAGAUAUAUCUGGAGUUUUUGGCUGUCAACCAAAGCUGCUGCAGGAUAAUAAUUUCAGUGCUUAUUUUAUUUAAAUGAUUUAUUAUAUCCUGCUUUUAAAAUAAAUUAUUAAGCAGUUUGCUAGAAUGAAAUAUGUAUGCUAACAUUAUAAUGCAUGCAUAUAUAAUAUAUGUAUACAAAUUUAGCAUUAAUAUCAGAAUGAAACAGGUGGUACCAUUAAAGUAACGAUUAAAACUGCCUUCUAGAAUUUUUUUUAAUAAGGUUUCAGCAUCUCUCUCCAAAUAGAGAGGGAGGAUGUUCUGUAUUAUAUUGAGUGAGAAUUUCACCAUUUCCAUGCCACCACCAAGAAAGCCCUGGUCUUGCACUCCUCCACACUGAAUAUAUACAAAAGGCAAUCCAGAGAGUGCAGCCUACAGUAGAGAUCCUAACGUCAGGCAGGCUCAUAUGAGUGUGUGAAGAUAUUUAACUGUCAGAGUUAAUACCUUCACUUUCGAUUGAUUCUGGAAACAAGUAAGCAACCAAUAUAACUGCUGUAGAAUUGCUGCGCUAUGCUCUGACCAUCUCCCCAUAUUUUGCACCUUGUGAGAGGCAGCCUUGUGAGAGAAGAGCUAGAAUAGUUUGGUCUGGGUGUAGCUGGUGCACAGGCCAAAUCUGCCUUUUCUAGACAGAACCAUAGAUUGUAAAAGUUGCUACUGGACGCCAGCACCACCUGGGCAUCCAGGAGCAAAGAAAGGUGCUUCUAGAUCCAGUACAUGGCAUACUUAAUAAUUUCAGGGGGAUCUCAACCUAAUCAAAGACAGGAUGCACAACUCUUUGCAGACUAGCAGAACUUCCAGCAGCAAUUCUCUGGAUUAAAUUUCAGUUUGUUCACUGAAGUUGAGCUGGGCAGGAUGUGGUAGAUAGUUUUCCCUUGCUAGCUAAAAAUAUGGCAGGACUUGAAAUGAUGUGGCAAAGUUAGCAGCCAUCACAUUGAUAACCUUACCCAGCUUCUAGCGGUGAUGAAAGCAAGGGAGGUAACUGUUGUGGGAGGCUACUUUAAGUUGGAAAAGACUGAGAUAAUUGGGUUUCCCCCUCUUAUCCUUCCGCAAAGGCAAAGAGAGUUCAAAUUUGAACACUCCAGGAAAGAGCCUGUGGGGAAGAGCAUUAGGAGAUGACAGGAGAUAACUGUGACCACAAGAGGGCAAUCCUGUCUAGGCAAUCUGGUUUAGAGAGUUGGGGGCUUGUAAAAAUGCUGGAAGGCAAAUAGUUAAAUAAAUAAAAACAGCUAACUCUUGAUGGUUAAGGGAUUUGGGCUUGCACUUUGAGAAUGGCUGUAUAAUAGCUAUUCUGCAUUGGCCUUCUUGCUUACCAAAACUACUUCUGCACACUGACUCAGAGGUUUGCAUCCCCAUCCAGCCAUGAAGCUCACUAGGUGACCUUGGGGCAGAAACAGCCUCUUAGUCUAACCUACUUCACAGGGUUUUUGUGAGGAGCUCCUUGAAAGAAAUGUGGUAUAUAAAUGAAUUCAAGUAGAGCUUGAAUGCUGAACCUAGUUCCUUCACAUGGAGUACAACUCAAUCUAAACAAGAGAGUGUUACUCAAUCUCAAGUCAGGUUGUAUACCCAAACAUCAGUCAGGUUUAUCAUAGCUAACAUAACUUUUGUCUUGUAUGAAUUAGGUAAGUUUUUGUUGCUUUGGUCCAUAUCUUUUUCUUCACAGUUUUAGAACUUCUCUCCAUCAAAUUCCUGGAAGACUAUAAAAGAGUGAGCAAGAUGUGCCAUGGUCGUACUGACCUCUUCCAUUAGUUUAAUUAGGGUUGCCAUGUUUCAAGAAUGGUUGAGAUUUUUAUUUUUGCCAAAGUUGCUGAGCUAUGUAUGUAGGUCAGUAACAAGGAUAAGAACCCCGGUACCUGGCUGGAAGUCACAUUGGAAGGGAUAAUUGGUCUCUUCAUUUAGAAACUUACACAACAGGGUCACCAUUACUUGUGUGACAAACUUAGAUUCCCAUAUGGGAGCUAAUUGUUCUAAAUAAUAGUCUAACCUCUGCUUCCUUCAGAUUUAGAUUGAAGGAUUCAUUUCAAGGAUGCAUGAAGACAAACUAUUCUGCUAGUUGACCUAAUAAACUAGAAUAGGGUUCAUCUUUUUAAUACUGUGUUGUAAUGAUGCUCCCUGUAUAUAUGCAAUGAUUCUAGCAAGCUGAUAGUCAUUUCUUAGUUGCCAGACCAGGUUUUCAGUUGCUAUGGUGAUUUUCCAGCAUUCAAUUCUCUGGUAGAUGAAGUCAGUGUUACUCAGCUUUAUAUUUUAAACUUAGUUUUCUCAAUUUUAAAGUGUUUCCAACCACAGUCAUGUAAAUGAUUUCAUAUUUCAGAUCACAAAAUGUUGCUUCCAUUGAGAUGAACUUAAAGGCUCUUGUUCAAAAUAUGGCUUGUGGAUUGUGAAUGUUAUCUUUAAGUUACUUUGCAGACAUAUAGUGAAUUUUUUUGAGUUAAAUGCUGUUAAGCAUGAAUGCAUUUUGCUUUUAAGAACUACUUGGGAUGGAAGUUGGCAUGAUCAUGCAAGUCUCUUUCAGUUUCAGUGGAGAAGUUUAGUGUCCUGUCUUAUCAAGUGUUGCAAGAGGAUGUAAACUUUCUGAUACCUGUUAUUAUAACAUCCCUGCUUUAUUCAAACCUUUGCUGCUGUUUUAAAUGACCACUUUCCUCCCUUCUCAUGCCCAUGGUGUAGACACUGGUAUUGUACAAUCUGCUUUCUCACUCUGACUUCAAACAAAUCUAAAAUUGUGAUGAGGCACUACAAAUCUUCCAGUGGGGCUUUGUGUGCACAUGUGUUUGUGUGCACAUGUGUAAGAAAUUACAACUCUACUAUGUACAUCAAAUAAUUCCAUAUCAAUAGUUAUGUAAGGGAACAUAAACAGUACGGGCACUUAAAAUCAUUUCAAAUUAGAUCUAAUGUCUUGAAAUUUUGUGUUCUAGUAGUUAUUAGAUUUAUGAAAGAAUGGGAUUUAUAAUCAGCUCAACUCUCUUUAUGUGUUACAGAGUAUGUUAAUUUUGUUAGAAAAGAUACCAUCCAAAUUUUUUACACCACUGGUGUACAUUAGAUCUGGUAUAACCAGAGAUUUCCAGUUAAUUGCUAUUUCUAGCUUUGCUGCUGCAAAUAAUGUCAUCAUAAUCUCAACAUCUGUCUCAUUCAAAGCUCCUUUUGUGCAGGCAGAAAACAUGGGUUCAAAGCUGUAUUGUAUCAAUUGCUAUCAUCUAAGCCACGGUUUAGUGGUAUGUGGAUGAGCCUCAGCAACUACCUUUCUCUUGCCACUUGGUGGGGAUUAGUACUUUUGCCAAAUUUACUUCUGGUUUCAAAGAACCACACAUUAGCAUUAUGUGCAAACCAAGAAACAAACAAUGGGGAAGGGUGCCCAGGGGAGGAAUGCAUUGCAGCAGAGAGGGAGAAAAUCCAUUGUGCAAGCCAAAGUCUGUUGCAUGAGCAGAGCAGAUCUUCCCUGAACACAGAAGUAGUCUGCAAAUGUGUGUAGGUACCAGUAUCCCAGGAAAGUAUGGUAAUGUUCAAAUUUAUGUCAUCUGUACUAAACUUUUUAUUGUAAUAUAGCAAGCAAAUCAUUGCUAAAAUUCCGGAUAAAGGUGGUAAUUUUGCUAUGAGAAAUUGCAAGUAAUAGCAGCUAAACUUUCCCAAUGGUAAAAUACAUGUGGACUCAAUGAUAACAGAACAAAUUUUCACACAAGAAUAAUGUGUGAUGCAGAAUGACUCAUAUUUUGUUCUCUUUCUACUUUUCCCCCACCUUCAGGUGCCUUAGCUGGACCAAAAGUUGAUCCACGUGUGAGAGCAGUAUGGGGGAAGAGUGUUACACUGAAAUGCAUAAUUGAUAUAAAUGAAACAUUAACACAAAUUACAUGGGAGAAAAUGCAUGGAAAGGCUCCACAGACUAUUGCUGUACAUCAUCCUGAUUAUGGAUUUUCCGUUCAAGGAGGAUAUCAAGGAAGAGUAUUUCUUAAGAAUGCCUCACUUACAGAUGCAUCAAUCAUCCUAACAAAUAUUACCUUCUCUGAUUCCGGAGAAUAUGUAUGCAAAGCAGCUACGUUUCCUCUAGGAAGUUCCCAGUCAUCAACAACUGUAACUGUAUUGGGUAUGCUUAUUUUUUAUUUAUUUUGUAGACAUUCUACCUACAUGUUUGAAGAUCAGUAUUAAAACUGGAGUUUGCAAUAUGUGUUCUAGCACAAGAAUUGUCACUUUUGUUUCAAUACUUCUUGGAAGUCCUUGCUUUGUUUAGAAAAUUAACUAACUAAAGCAGUGGAGAUUCAACCUGGUAAAAUGGUUAUCUUCCUUGUCUUUUGGCUAUUUCAUACCUCAUUGUGUUUCGGUUAAGGUGGAUUUUUUCUUCCAUUGAUUAAAGUUUAUGCUCCUUGUAAACCACAUUGGAAUCAUUCUUGAAAAAAGUAUAAUAUAUACCUAAAUAUAUCUAGAUAAACUGGUUCGGCAUUAUGAAAAUGGUAAUGGCCAAUGAGGUUUCCUGAAAGACCAUUUGAUUACCAUUCCUGUCUUCCCCUACAGUGGAGAGCUUCAGAAGAGGGCAUUGCAUGGGUGCUGUGGACCAAUAAUAGUUUCAGUAUACAGUGGUACCUCUGGAUGCGAACGGGAUCCUUUCCAGAGCCCCGUUCGCAUCCUGAGUAGAACGUAACACGCAACUGCACGGGUCACAUUUCGCUGCUUCCGCGCAUGCGCGUGAUGUCAUUUUGAGUGUCUGCGCAUGCCUGAGUGGCAAAACCCAGAAGUUACGCACUCCGUGCCGGGUUGCCACAGAGCGCAACCCAAAAAUACUUGACAUGAAGCUACUUCAAACCUGAGGUAUGACUGUAUGUACUAUUUCCAUGUAUAUUUGCUUCCAUGUAUACUAGCUAUCUCAAAACGCUUUAAGUCAAAUCUAAUGGGCUUUGUUCAUUCAUUUUAAACUGGUUUCAUGGCCUCUGACUGAUUUUUUGUUUGUUUAUAAUUAUUGCCUCUUAGUUUAUAUUUUUAAUCCUAUUUUACUGUAUUAUAGUUUAGCUCAUUGACUUGGAAUACCUCAGGAUGAAGGGCUGUUUAGACAUUUUUAAAAUAUAUAAAUACUUCUAGCCCCUUGGUAACAAAUUGUCUACUGAGCUGAUGAUUUGCCAUUACUUGGUGAUAUUUUCACACAUUCUCACUAGGGGGAACAUGACCUUGUAGCUUCUUCAAUGAAUAGAGAAAAUAUGUUUUAUUCUCUGAUGUAUUUGUCUAGAAUAGUUUUAGUUAGCUAGGUAUUCCCUUGAUUUAGGUUUGAAUGCUAUUGUCUGGAAAUGGAAUAUUCAGUUGGAUUGUAUUACAAAAUUCUUGGAGUGUGCGAAGGUGCAUCAAUUAGUAUUGUAGCUUAGGAACAUAAGAAGCUGCUUUAUACCAUGUCAAACUAUUCUUCUAUUUAGCUUAGUAUUGUCUUCACUGACUGGUGGCAGCUCCUCAAGGUUUCAAGCAGGAGCCUUUCCUAGCUCUGCUAGGAACUUGGGAUCUUCUGCAUGCAAGGCAGAUUCCCCACCCUCAUCUUCCUUUAAAAAAAACCCCUUCCUUUUUAAAGAGCUAAUUGUUGAAAGUCUUAUCCUAUAUAUAUUUAGUGAUAUACUCUAGACAAGCUCCAGGAAAAUUAUUUGAUUUUCUCCUUUAGAAGCCAGCCUAAUUAGGUACAUUAAUGUAUAUUAUACCUGUGUUCCUAUUACCGUAUUUACCUUGAGAAUAGCUUCUGUGCUGCCAUAGAAACCUGGCAUAAAGCAUAUUCCUCAAUUUGUUUUAUUUGAAUGUGACUAACCCAUUAAAACUUUCUAUCCUGUAACUGUGCUGUGUGAUAACUAACUUUAGCCCCUGAAAUUUCUCUACAUGCCCUCUCUUAAAAUAACUGUUGGACAAUUUCCUUGUACUGUUCUUCCCAUAUUUAUUUAUUUGUUGCUUACUUAGAUUCCAGCUUUCCCUAAGUUGGAAUUCAAGGUGACUUACAACAUUUUAAAAGACAAUAAACAAACUAUAAAAUUAAAACAAACUAGUUAAAAACAAACAAUUAAGAUACAUCAGAACACAUUUAGAACCAGGAAUUAAAAUACAUUUUGUCCUGACAGUAGACUAUUGAUCAGCAGCAUCUGUGCCUUAAGUUUUCAAAGGCCUGUCUUAGUAGGAAGGACUUAUCCUGCUGAUGGAUAACAAAGAUGGAGCAGCCACAGAAAAGACUGUGUCAUGUGCCACCAGCACCAAUGCUUCUUAUGUUGAUGGAGCUCAGAGGAAGUUAUCACUUGAGGAUUUUAGUACAUAGGCAGUUUCAUAUAAGGAGUUUUUUCAGGUAGCCUGGGCGCAAGCUACUUAGGCUCUUGACAAGGUUGCUGGUGGCGAAGUUAGAAGUGUGUCCUUGUUGGUUUUUUAAGUCCUUAACAGGAUUUUUUUUCUUUGUUUACAGAAUGUUAUAAAAUAUAAGGAAUUGGUUCUAGCAGUUCUUGUAAUUUAUUCUGGUAAAAUAUGCUUCUCCUUGAGAAGGCGCUUGAUCUUAAUCAAAAUGAAGCAUCCUCAUCCUAUGCUUCCUUUUUUACCUUUGUGUACAGCAACAAAAUGUUUUUUUCUCUCUCUUUUAGAAAAUUUAAUUCUUGGCAAUAAAUGUGGCCUUCACAAAAUAGCCACAGCAUUCUACAUAAUGCUGUAUACCCUCUUAGCAUUGUUGUGGUAACAUUUGUGAUACAUGGUUUGCUGUUUGAUGCCUGCCUCCACCAGUAGAUUCUUAUAUUGAUCAGAGGACAACAUAUUUCUGAAAUGACCCAGAACAUAGAAUAUGUUCCUAUUGAGUGCACUGCUGCUGCCACAGGAACUUUCCCUGGUGACUACGACAUCAACAGUUGUUGGUGUGUUUGGAAAACAUUAAGACUUGCUCUGCAGUGUGAAUAGGCAGACCCUGCAUGGUUUCUAUCAAUAUUAUUUUAAAUGCUAACUUUAGUAUUUUGCAAAUAUGGGGAGAUUGUUUAUUUGUGUUUAACCCCUUUGUUUGCAAAUGUUGAAAUUUAAAUCAUUAUUUCUGGUAAGCUAAAGCAAGCUGGACGAAGCUGUGAUAUGGGAUAUUCUUUGUUAUAAGAUUAGAAUUUAGAAGGCAGCGUCCAAAAUAGGGGUGAAAUGAAGUAACUACAACAGCUUAGAUAAAACAGUGGUCUUCUAGGAGGAGUCCACAGCAAGUGUUAAUAAGGUUCACAUUCUAUGCAGCUUCAGAUGUAUAGUAAAUUGGAUCUUGGUUUCUGCAUUUUACAGGUUUGUCCUUUAGAUUGUAAUAAAAUGCCCUGCCUUUAAUUCUGAUCCUAUUAAUGAAGGCAUUUUCAUGGAAGAAAAAUAAUGGUCAGUACAAUUUAAAUACUGGAAGUUCUCCAUCCUGUUCCUUUCACUGGUCCUAUUCCCAAGUGCUAAUUCCCACACCCUGUACCCAUACCCACCAUCUUUGUGGGAUAAGGAAGGGGCAGGCUUUUUAAAGUUUAUACUUCCUUGAUGUGGUAUGUUUCUGUAAUAAUGCAUCACACCCAAGGGCAGUUUCUUACAAGUAUUAGAUUAGACAGUGAUGCUUAUUAUUUCAUAUAACUUGGCUGCAACCCUUCACAAGCAGAUUGACUUAAGAGUUAGGUCUGACCCCCGCCUGGAUUUAUCUGUAAAAUAUUAGCCUCUAAACCCAUUUUAUCAGUGAAGAUCCACAUGAGACAGUCUCCAAGUUAAGACUUGGCAGGGCAGACAGUAGUCCUAGUUGCAUGUAGAUCUAUUUAAGGGUAAAUGUCUAGUCAUCCCAAGGUACAUUGCAAAUAAGUACUUCAUUUAGACAUUCUUACUUUACUCAAGGAGGAAAUAAUAUCAGGAUGAGGUGUGAAUUUUAAUAGUGGUUUCCAAAGAAAAUAGCUGCUGUGGACAAGUCUUCAGACCAUUUUCUGCCUAUUCUUGGUUGAUAUGACCUCUUGGAACAUUGCAAAGAAGUGCUGCACACUCUACAUGAAGCAUGGUCUACCAGUCUAUGAUCUACUCUGUCAUUUUUCCAGUCACUGAAAAUAAAUAAUACAUGGCCCAUCUCUUCUUAAGCCCUUUACUCACCCCAUCAUUCAUUUUGGAAAGACAUUGACUAAAUACAUUUUCACUUAUUUUCCAUUACUAAGUUGACCAAACUUAUUUCCAAGUUUUCAAAUCUUCUCCCCCAGUAAUCCUUCAGGUUUAGUGGGUGAUUUAUUAAUAUUGAAAAUAGAUUAUUUACUUUGAUCUUUGUUUGUCUUUCUCAAAAUGCAAUUUCAUGUGCUUCUUUAUUCAGUAUCCAACUUAAAGUCUUUUUUCUUAAUCCUGUAUCAGUUCUGAAUCUAAUAUUCCUAAUUUUAUCUCUCCUAGUUUCUCUUAUCACACAGAAUUUAUCAACAACUCUUAUUUAUGCACCAUAAUGGUCAGAUUAACGUAUUUAGAACAAAAAGGGGAGAAAAAUGAUUAUUUUUCCAUAGAGCAUAAUAUAUAAGGCAUUGAACACAAGCGCUCAUAAAACUUGUAUUGGACAAAAUUUAUUGUGAUUGGAACAAACCUAGGCAAGUUGUGGGUUUCACUCUCUUCUCUGCAGUCCUCUCAUGUGCAGCUGCAAAGAGUUAAGCUUCAUUUUCUGUUCUUGAUUAACCCUAAUUUACGUUGCACACAUCUGACAAAUUGAGGUUCAUCUUAAAUCAUGGGUUAUGAAGCUGCUUACCUACAGUGUGGACAUAGCCCUAUACUGUGGUUAAUCCAAAAUUCAAAACCAAAGUAGAAAAGCUCUGGCAGAAAAGAAGAGGGAAGGAUGGGAGUGGACAAGGUUCAUCUAUGGCAAGUUGAGAAAUAGUGUGAUGAGUCAAGUACUCUUUCUCUGAAACACUUGUGGCUUGUUUUUUUGUCCUUAAAAUUCAAAUGAGUUAAAAUGGAAGAAUGGCUGCAAAUUUCCUCUGUUGGAACUGUUGGGUAGUUGAUUCUAAGAUGAAAACUUGCCCUUUGUGCUUUAUUUCCUAUGGGGUGAUGGGGCGGUGUGGCAGGAAGAGGCUGGGGAAGAGGAGAGGGAAGCAGGGAUGUUAGCCAACUGUAUAACUAGCACUAGGAAAGAUCAAUAAGUGGUCCACUGAAAUGUCCAGCAAUUUUCAGGUGAAAAUUGUUUGGAAAUCCCUGCUGUUUAGGAUUGAGCAGCAUGCGACAAGCACUGUCACUUGACUGGGACCAUCAUUUUGUUUUCAGAUAUCUAGUAGUGUGAAGAAAGACUUGUGGUUUAACUAGCAUGACUGAGAAAUUAAAACAGCAGUUAUUCAGUGCCCAGAGUGUAAAGGACUAAUAUUUUCUUGCUCAAGUAGUUUACUGUAGGCUAAGAAUUUCUGCUACUUCAUGAGAACUUAUCUUUCAGUCUUUCUCUGCAACAAUAAAUGUUAGAAACCCAUAUUUAAUCUUUGCAGUAGUAAUUCACGGAAGCAAAAUAUUAACAUACAGGGGUGGGUUAACCUAUGCGUUAACCUGUUCCACCCCUGCUGAAUUAACAGUAGCAGAAAGAAAAACUCCAGUGAACACAGUGCUGGGGAGGCUGCACUGCUAUGAUGGUGAUAUAAACCAUUCCCUCCCUGGUUGUUGGGUUGAUCAUUAGAAUGGGGUGUGCCUGUUUCUGUGCCUUGUGUGUUUGUGAGCUGUAUGCAUGGUGGAGAGGGAGGAGUGUACCCACAAUCACUGCUUUGUAGUAGCUUUCUAUACAGUAGAUUUAUGAAACACAGACUAUCUAGAACAUCCUGAGUAUUCUAUCAUUUUAACUAUUGAUGUAGAUAACAAAAUAAAUUUAAAUGGCGCCAUACUUCAUGGUCUAAGCAAAAAAGUAGUAUUAUCUAACUUUUUUUCAGAAUUAGCAUGUGCAAAUAGCCUUUUCCCCAAUUUCUUACAAUUACCCCUUCAUUGCAGCCACCUGAACAACACCACUGCAUUCUGGGGCAAAGUGUUUAAGGGGGGGCAGUGGGGAUGGGGGUGGAAGCAAGGCUUACUGACUGUGUAAACUUUCCUCUCUGGUUCAAAUCUUUACUUUUAAAUGGAUACCCCAUUCUUCCAGUGGAAGCUCGGGAGGGCUUACAACAAAAGAAAAUAACAAUUCUGUUAAAUCGACCAUUUAAAAAUGGGUGUUUGGUUGAACUUCCUAAAAUGAGGUCUACUGCAUAAAAAAUAAAGUGCUUGGUAAAACUGAAAAGGUCUAACCUGGCAGAAAGCACAAAGGGGGGCGGGGCGGAGGGUGGCAAACAAAUCUCAUCUAGUAAGUUAUUCCACAGUAUGAUAGCUGUGGAAAGCGAUCUCUCUCACCUCAAUCAUGCUUCUGCUACAGGCAGACCUAGGAGAAAGGCCUGUCCACAAAAAUCUUAGGAACAGUAUAGGCUGUUAAGGAAGGUAUCUUGGACCCACACAGUUUAGGACUAAAGGUAAGCACCAAGACUUUGAAUGCUACCUGGAAACAAAUUAACAACUAGUGCAGCUGUUGGGUGAACACUCACAAAUACCCUUCCUGUAUUAUCGACCAACUGAAGUUUCUUAAGAUUCUUUCAGGUAGCCUUGUGUAAAAGUACAUCUGUUCAGGAAUGGACACAUCACUAUUUGCAUUCAGAUGCAAAGCUGGAAACAGGAGUACCCCCAAAUUGCAACACUGAUUUUUGGGGGCAGGAGUUACUCUCCAAUCCAGAAUAGACUGUAUCCCUAGGGGUGUGUGUGUGGUCUAACUAGGAGCAUUGUUGUCUUGAUUCUGGGCAUCAACAAUUUUUCUAAUGUCUGAUGAAAAUAAGAAGAGUACCCUUAAAUUGCACACUGUUGACAAAAUGUUCCAAAUCCCUAAAUCCAGAAGCUCCAUGUAGAUAUUGAAAUAGCAUGGAGGACCAGACUAAACACUUAGGAACACUAUUUGCCAGUAGCCAAGGCAUAGUAUAAGAGUCCUCUAGUUUUAUUUGAAUGAACUGUGGAACUUGCUAUGAAUACACUAUGGAACUGUAACAGAACUCUGCAUGUCUUGACUCUGGCAAUAGGUUUAAUUGCUUAAGUGGGCAGUAACAGUUUGUCUUUAUUAAUGUUAAUAUUUAUCUUCAGAUAUUCCCAUUGGAAUGUACUAUACCCUCAUGUUUCUUAUAAAUGUGACAUUUAUUCAAUUCAAGGUGGCUGUACUGAUCUGAUUAGGAACUGAGCUAUUAUGAUACUGUGUCUAAUUACCUGGCAGAAGAAAGCCCUAUUGAACUGUACAGAAUAGGUUUGCACUGCUCACCUACUUGUUGUUUACUGGCUGACUAAUUAUUCAGGUAGGCAGUGAUGGACUACAUGGUGUCCUGCCCUAUUCAAUUUGUACAACUGAGAAGAAUUAUCACAAUAAGUCAAGUAGAGCACUUUUCUUUUGAAAUAAAAUUGCCGAUAACUUCAAAUAAAUGUAAUGCUAGUUACCAUAACAAUGUAUAGAAAAAAGAAGCUAUGUGAAAGGCAUUCACUGUCAGGCUGGAAGCCCUUCCAGAAGCUAUUUAGGAAGAUUAUUGAUAUGGUAAUUGGCAGUAUUUAUAUAUGUCUGUGUUGAAUAUCUGGAGGUGGUUGGAGGAUGGAUGGCGGUUAAUGGAUUGAGGUUGAAUCCCAACAAGACAGAAGUGCUGUUUCUGGGGGGCAGAGGGUGGGCAUGUGUGGGGAAUUCCCUGGUCCUGAAUGGGGUAACUGUGCCUCUGAAGGACCAGGUGUGUGGCCUUGUGGUCAUUUUGGACUCACAGCUGUCUGUGGAACCACAGGUCAUUUCUGUGUCCAAGACGACUGUUCACCAGCUCCAGCUGGUGUGCCACCUGAGACCCCACCUGUCUGCCCACAGGUAGAUAUACUGUUUAUCUCCUGCUUAGACUACUGCAAUGUGCUCUAUGUGGGCCUACCUUUGAAGGUGACUUCAGAAACUACAACUAAUCCGGAAUAUGGCUGCUAGACUGGUGACUGGGAGUGGCCGCUAGGACCAUAUAGCACUGGUCCUUAAAGACCUACAAGGUGUUGGUGUUGACCUUAGAAGCUAUUAACAGCUUUGGCCCUAUAUAUCGCCAGGAGUCUCCACCCUCCAUUGUUCAGUCCAGAGGUUCAGCUCUGAGGGGCUUCUGGCGGUUCCCUCGCUGUGAAAAGUGAAGUUACAGGGAAUAAGGCUGAGGGCGUUCUCGGUAGUCACACCUGUCCUGUGGAAUACCCAUCAGGUGUCAAAAGGAUACAUAAUUAUACAGCCUUCUGUAGACAUCUGAAGCCAGCCCUAUAUCAGGAUGCUUCUAAUGUGUGAUGUUCUCUUGGGUGGUGGUGGUGUUUCUGUAUAUUAUGUUGGAAGCUGCCCAGAGUUGCUGGGGCAACCCAGUCAGAUGGGCGGGGUACCAAAAAUAAAUUAUUCUUAUGUAUUUUUCUGUAGUUGAACCAGUCGUGAGCCUAAAAAAGGGACCAAAUGCUUUAAUUGAUGGUGCCAAUCAGACACUUGCCGCAAUUUGCACAGCAGCCACCGGAAAACCAGCUGCAGAGGUUCUCUGGGAAGGUAGUCUUGGUGAAAUGGAAUCCACUUCAACUUCAUAUCCCAAUGAAACUGUGACAGUGGAGAGUAAAUACAAAGUGGUCCCCACAAGAUUUGCUAGAGGAAGGCAUAUAACAUGUGUUGUGAAACAUCCAGCCUUGGAAAAGGAGAUUAGAAUGGUGUAUGUGCUUGACAUUCAAUGUAAGUAAGUUGCAAUAUGUUCUCUGUCCUCAUCACUUUGUCCUCUAAAAACAUUUCAUAUUGUAAGUGAUAGGAUAUCUUGUUGAUAUCAAAUAUCUCCAGGCUUUUAAUACCUUUAAAUGGUUCUAAAUAGCCUUUGACUUAGACCUUACCCUUUAAAAAUAAAAGCCCUGUGUUGGGAACAAGGAAGAAUGUUGACAUAUGUUUCCUCUCUCAAGUCAUUCUACCUUGAGAAGUAGCUAGUAGCUAGCAAUUGCUCUUUUCCAUAUUCUGAUUUGAGUCCCAUCCCAAGGUAACUUGUGAUUUAUUGUUCGGCCAUAUUUAUAAUGUGGCUUCUCCCAGAAAUAUCUUGAUCAGAUUGCUUAAAUGGUCAGGACCAUUGCACAGCACAUUUGAAUUAUUCCAUAGUAACAUCUUAAUCGUGUCGUUACUGGCUAUAUAUAGUCAAAUAGGAAAUAAUUAUGUAUUUCACACUCUUACUUUGGGUCUUUGAAGUACCAAAACUUCAAGUUACAUAUAGACUUAAGAGUUUAUAUGUAACUUGAAGUUUUGGUACUUCAAAGACCCAAAAUAAGAGUGUGAAAUACAUAAUGUGUUAACUUUAAGCUACAGGGUGCCCUGGAAUAACAGCAGUUAUCUGGGGUGGGGGAUCAAUUCAGGGGGUGCAUGGCAACCAUAUUCUAAUUAAAUUCCAGGUUAACUGAAAUUGAUAACCUGCAGGAUAGUUUCCACUACUUAAUGCUUAUUUAUUAGAAUAUGUUCCUGACAAAUACAUUUUGAAGUUAUAUAUAUGAUCUGUGCAGAUAAAGUGCAAUAAAUAGUAUCUAAUUUAGAUAAUGUUAAAUGUGUUGAGAAUGUUAAGAUGGUUUCUUAACAGCCCUCUGACUGACAAUUUCACUUAAGACUGUUCCUUAAUGGAAUCAAAUGUAUUAUGUCCAAAUUCUAUUGACGGUGCAGGUUGACAAUGAUGGCAAGCAGGCAGAAGGUGAAAUCUGGGUAGGUUAGGUAUUCAUUAGAAGCUAAGAAAAUAAUUUAGAUGGGGGCUGUUUAAAGUUGCUAGAUUCCACAAAGUCUUACUUGAUUGUUUUCCAUAGUAGCUUAUGUUUAUAUAUGUUUGUAGAUUCCCCCGAGGUUACAGUGACUGGGUAUGAUGGAAACUGGUAUAUCGGAAGAGAGAAUGUUUUACUCAGGUGUAAUGCUGAUGCAAAUCCACUGCCAAUGGAGUUUACAUGGAGUCGGUAAGUUCUUGUUUAAUUCUGGCAUUCUUAAAAAUGUAAAAUAUUUUUCAAUUCUGUAUCUUAAUUUCUUAAAUAUAUAUCAGUCUGUGAACGCUAUGUUGCAAAUAGUUAAUUUAAAUUGCAAAGUUAUGGAAUUAAUUACCAUCCAAUGUGGUAGUAGCACUUAGCAUACGUGACUUCUUUAAAGGAUAAGGCCAAUCCAAGGAAAAUAGGUUAUUCAAUGGCUAUUAACCAUAACAGUUCAAAAUGUUCGUCUUGAGUGGCAAUAUGCCUCUAAUUUACCAGAUGCUUGGAGCAAACAGAGUGUGGCUGUUUGAAUCUUCCAGAAGAUUCAAACAGUGGUACCUCCGGUUGCGGACGGGAUCUGUUCCAGAGCUCUGGUCAGAUCCUGAGGUUUCCACAACCAGAGGGAGCGCUUCUGCGAAUGCGUGCACGGUGAAACCCAGAAAAAUACUUCCAGGUUUGCCGCGUUCGCAUCCUGAAGGUUAUGCAACCGGAGGGAGGUGUGCGUAUCCAGAGGUACCACUGUAUCUGACUGGUCACUUGGGUGGGAGGUCAGAAUUGUAGAUUAGAUGGUUCCUUGGUCUGUUCUAGCAAGAGAAAUAUUUUAAGCAGCAUAUUUGUCACAACUCAAAGCUUUCAGGGAGAAUGCAACACUGGUUUUCACAAAAAAAAACCAUCUCCUGCAUAUGCUAACAGCGUAAGAGAAAGACACAAUUUGAAUUAUUUAUGAAUAAAAUAGUAUGCUUUAUUGUUAAGUAGUAAUACAUUGCCACAUUGAAUUUAUCAACAAACAUAACAGGCUUCAGUAUAAACUGUAGAAUAGUUUUUUUUGCAGAAUGAUCUAUUGAUUUUAUGUAUAGCAGGUUUGGAGAUUGGAUGGCUUUUUGAAUUUCUGCAAAGCUGCUAGUAUUUUGUUGGGGGAUUGCCAGUCAUGAUUAAUGUUAAACACAAAUGUUGCAAUUGAUUAACUUUGGGUGACAGUUAUACUUGAUUCAGAAGUAAUCUAUGAUCUAUUAUAUACAUGGUAUAAAUAUACAACAGAGUAAAAUGUUGAAUAACAUUUUUAAAAGUUGCAUCAUGUCCAUAACUAGUUAAUAGCUGCCUUGUAUCAUUUUAAAGAUAAUUUUAUUUUAAUGUCAUUUUAUGUAUAAUCAAUUGAAAUGUAGUUUCCGUCUUAAUUUGCUGGCUCUGCAAAUUAUUUGAAGUUAAAAUGCUCUCUGAAACUACAGUCAGUAUAUUUGUAGUAAUGAAAUCACCACUACAAUUCAGUUCCAAAUGUAGCACAAUGGAAGAUUUCUUUCUUUUUUUAAAGGUCCAAACGUGUCCUAUUAGAGGAACUGAGUUUGGAUGUUAGUAGUAGCGACCUAUACAUUUUCAAUUCUUUUGCCCCUGAUUUUGAAGCCAUUCAAACCAUUCUUUUGAAACUUGAAGCACCUUGUAUUUUCAUUGUCAGUUUGGAGGAUAACUGGCUUAAAAGCUCCCCUUUUAUGCUGAUUGGGCAGCUCUAGGGACCCUGUUGCAGAAAAAUAACAAUUCUUUGACCACCCCCCUUCAACUUUGGAUCACAACACCACCAAUCUUAAGUUGAAAAACACUGUCCAUAACUGAAGAUAGAAGAUGAAGUGAUAUAAAUAUUUAAAAUCAACACUGAUCAGGAGCAUAUCAUGUUAUUUUUUCCUUGUGACCAGGCAUUUGCCCUUUUCCUUUAUGUUAGGCUGAGGCUGUGUACACACCAUACAUUUAAAGCAUAUGGCUUUCCCCAUAGUUUUCCCUCGCAGGGCUACAGUUCCUGGCAACCUUAACAAACUCCACUUCCUAGGAUUAUUUUGGGGAAGUAAUGCACUUUAAAUAUAUGGUGUAUACACAGGCUCACAUUAAUGGAGACCAGGUCUAGUUUAGUAGGUGAAUUAAGUGAUGAUAUGCCACCUUUGUGUAGCGCUUGCAUGCAGCAAGAAGAAAAUAUAAUUAAAUGCUCUUGAGAAGCCUUAAUUUCUUCCUGUGUUGCAUUGUGGGCAAGGUACUUUAUUACUGAAGAUGAUAUAGCUUCACAUCCUGUAAUCUUGCUGCAGUUGAUCUUACUACAUAUCCGUUAAACAUUGUUAACAAGACAUUUAACAUUUUUACUGUUGUAGUAGUUUGGUUUGAAUUAAAGUGUUGGUGCUUCUGCUUUGUAGCAAAAUUCUGCUUAUGUUCUGCUUAUGUUCAUGGUGUUUACAUGAAUAUAUACAAAUGUGAACAGGUAACUUAAAUGGGGGUGGGAGUGGGCGGUCCUUGGGUGCAACUAGUUAGGAGAUUUAGAAUGCUCUGUUCUCUCCUCUCCCUCAGUUUUGUCUGUGUGCCAUGUAUGAAGCAAAUAAAGGAUUGACACUUCUGUGCUGAACUUGCCAAAGAUAUGCAUGUAUACUUAUAGAAUAAUUAACUCAGACUGAUUGAGUUGUGAUGCUGCAUUGGAGGUAUUGUGAGACAUUUAAAUAGCACCCCACAUCCACUCACCAUUGCCAUCUGAUAAGCCGCUGGCUUGCUGAUAUAGGAAAAGGGCUCAUCAAAUGGCACUUUACUGAAGGCUCUCCAAGUUCUAGAGCCAACCCUAGAUGAGAGAAAAGCAGCUUUGUAGCUAAUAUAACUGGCAUGGAGGUACUAAGUAACACUGAUGAGUUUUCUGCAGAGGUUCAGAUGAGGAGCUAUGUACAUGUAUUCUGUACAGCAUAAAAAGUAACUAAACAGUAGUCAUUUAGAUUAUGCUUUAUGUAAUAUUAUAUGAAUGAAUUAUAUUAAUAUUAUAUGACUUAAUUGUGUGAUGUGAGAUGAUUGACCAGAAUUUAAUAUACAUUAUUUGGAAUGGGCAUAAGGCUAAAUUGGUGUAUGGACACCUAAUGCUCAGCUCAGCACCCUGAGAAGAGAAUUGUUUUAAUACCAAAUUUGACAUUGUACACAUCUCACCAAUAUUUUAAAGUAAAUGACUAGCUCUUAGGAGUAUGACAAAGUCUCAAUGUUUGUGGCAAUGUCUGCUGGGAUCUUAGAAGUCAGUACAGAAGUUGAGCAGAAUUUUAGGAUGUCGAAACAUGACAAUUGAAAUCCUUGUAUAUUUCUUUGUAUGUCUUCAUGAUUUUCACAGUUGCCUAGCAUGGAACUCUGUUUUGGAAACUGAGGGAAGAGUGUGUUACAGAAACCUAAGGUGGUUCUAUAUUAGUUUUAGAAUACAUGAACAAAAUUACUGCUGAACUCCUUCAGUUCUCAUAUUAAAUAUAAUUGUGAAAUUCAGUUUUUUAUUCCUCUUACUUUGAGAUACUCUGCACAUGAACUUAUUUGCUUCUAGAGAAGGAGAACCUCUUAGCUAUUUAAAAUUAUCUGAUUUGAAUAAAAUAUUAGAUUUGGAACACUCAAAAAUGCCUCUUUGUGAUUCAGGUUGGAUCGACAUUGGCCUGAAGGUUUACAGCCUUUAAACAAUACUCUGCAUUUCAACAGUCCAUUGACAUAUAAUUAUACUGGAACUUAUGUUUGUACAGUGGCUAAUCCACUUGGUCAAAAAAGUGAUCAAAAGACUAUCUACAUACUAGGUAAGUCACUGGGUGUUUUUUUCUUCAGUAUUUGAACAAACUUCUUAAUGAGAGGUCAGCAAUAUAAUGGUCAUAGUGUGUUAUUUAUUGUUUCAUUUUAACUAUUAGCUUGAGAGAACAUCAUCCAGUUUGCUUAAAGUUCCUUGUAAGAACAUUUCUAUUGCAUGGGAUGUAUAUUAUAUAAGCAAAAAUAUAGGAUGUAUCUGCACACAACGCUGACAGAAAUAAUGGUUGGCUUUAUAGUAGCUGGAGCGACAGGACUUUGGAUUAGCCUUAGGAACGCAAGUGGGCUGUAAGUGGGCAAAUAUUUGCCCUCCUGUAAAGAUGAUUGACAUGACAUAAUCUAGUAUGAUCUUCAAAAGCAAACCAGUACACUUUUCUUUACUGUUGACACAGCUGUGGUUGAAAUCAGGAGUUGGGGAAAUGAAGUUUUAAGUAGGAGUUUUAAAUGUACUUAACAAUAAUUUAAGGUAGUGUUUCUUGUACUGUGGGCUGGGGAUUGCCAGUGGGCGUAGCCUUGGCACAACAGCCCAUCUAGUGCCUCCUUACUUUUCUGCCCCCUGGUCUUUCUGUAACUGAGACCAGCAGCUCACUGCAUGCACAUGUUUAGACGUAAAUGACGGUUAGAGAAUGAAGCUGUGGCAUGCACAAAAAGGGGAAGGAGAAGAAUGGGUGGGCUGACAGCCUGGCUGUAGGUGAGAAGGAGGAGAGAGAACAGGAAGAAGGGAGGCAAAAGGAAUGGACAGAUGGAGAGAGAAGCCUUUUGGGAACUUCAUUUCAACAGUGCUUGCCUCCCAUUCCUCUUGUUCCCCACACAGUCUCCUACCGAGUGAUGAUGACCUCCUGUCUAAUUUGUGGCAGUAGAAGAGCAACCUUUCAUUGACAUAUAAUGAGAACCGGAGAGCCUGUUUGUGUGUGCAUGGCCACAGGAGGGUGGGAGAGCAGGUGGCCUGAGAGACCAGGGAACUGAAGAGUUUUUUGGGGGGAAGGGAUGUAAGAAGUAGAGUCCUACAAAAAUCAGUUUUGCUAUGUGUACUUUUAAAUUUGUUCACAACUGACCUGGAAUUAGGUUAGGGUAAGCAGUGAGGUAGCCAGAUUUACUGAUGAUACCAAAGGGUUCAAGGAAGUUAGGAGAAAAAGAAAUUGUGAGAAGCCACAAAAAAGGAUGAAUUCUUACCGUGUGAACAUGAUUUAUGAAAAGAUCUAUACUUCGAAGUGCUGAAAAAUAGAUGGUAGACCUGCAACAGUCGCAUUGUUCAUUCUUUUAAAAGCAAACUUGAUAUGAACAUUCAAUUACAGUAGAAAAAAAUAAAAGCUUGUUAAAGUUAGGGUUAAAUUUUAUCCUUUAUAUAAGGAUUUCCUGCAGUCUGACUUUUACGCUUGAUCUUCUCAAGAAGCAGAUAUAUGUUCCUAUGUUUUAUGUACAAUACAAUAUCUAAGUCUAUAAUGGGACAUUAUUUGUAUGUUUGGUUAUUUUAUUUAUUGCUCAAGGUAGCAUACAUAAUUCUUCCCAUUUUAUCCUCAUAAUACCCCUGUGAGGUAAGUUAAGCUGUAAGUUAGUGAGUGACUAGCCCAAGGACCUCCAGUGAUCUUAUUGGCUGACUGAGAAUUUAAACCCUGGUCUCCACAGGCCCUAGUUUGGCAAACAAACCACUACACCACGCUGGCUAUCUUGUUCUAAAUAUUACAGUCAGCAUCCUAUACAACAUAUAUCAGCAUCUAUUGCAUUUAACAGAACAUCUUCACUUUCAGUUGUUUAAGAGAUAAAUGUAGUUACUUUGCCCUGAAAACAUCCAAUCUUACAUGUUCAAAUUCACGUUAGUCAUUAAUAUUCCAACUUCAUAAGCUAUAUGUUCACUAUUUUCUGAGCUUAAUGCCUGCCAUUUGGAUUUUGUACUCCAGUGCAUGCAAACCUCUUUUUUUCAAACAGUUGUAUUUUGGCAGGUCACACUUUUGCACAUUCACAGGUUGCUGGAUCAAGCAUGGUCUCAGGUACUGACAGACCACGCAGUGUCUUGUGUAAGACUUAGGCUAACUCAAGCUAUUUUGGAGGUUAUUGGCCUGAGCUGAAGCAUUUGACAGUGUCUUAUGCCUAAACAAAGCAUUAAACGUACAGACACAAAUCUAUGCCAUCUCAUAGAUGUCACUCUUCUAAAGGUGUGGGUUUGUAGCAAGUCAAAGCUGCUUGUGGGAGUGCACACCCACUAUUGUUUAUUGAUUUCUACAGUGGCAUGGUGGUGCCAUUCUUGGAAGUGAUUUGCACCCAAAUGAAGUGUUGAAUCAUGCAUGUUAUAUCUAUAUGUAAAUUCCUAUUGAUUAUUCACAUACAUUUUUUUCCUAUUGAUCAAUCGUUCCUAUUAAGUUUUGGGUCUUUUUGCUGCUUAUUUAAUUUAGGCAACAGUUAAGCUAUAAGCGUUUGUAUUUGAACAGAAGUCAUGUGUAAUAAUGCAUGGGUUCUCAUUAUAUGAAGUUUUGAAUUUGAAAUAUGUUAAAGUUAAAGGGGUUGGGACCAUGGAAAGUCCUAUAUCAGCAGGGAUUGAAGGAGAAGACUGAAGGAAAGGAGUUGGCUUGUAAGGAAUAGAAAGGAGAAGAGUCUCUGAAGGAAGUUUAUAGGGAAGCAGCUGUUGAAAGCAAAUUCCAGACGGGUAGCAGUCUGCUACAACAAAACCAGUCUUGUACACAUUUAGAGACAAACAGAUUUAUUUUGGCAUAGGUUUCAUGAAAUAAAACUCAUCCGAUGCACCAGGUGUCAUCCUUGGUUGGCAGAUAUACCUGUCAGCUUGUAAUGGGUAGAAAGAAAAAUAAUAAUCAACAGUGGGGCCGAAAAGCCAUGAAGGAAGGUCGAGGGAGGGGUACUGUACAUAGACUUACUUUCUCUAUUCUUCCCACUCCUCAAUUUAUCUGCCGUCUUACUGGGACAGUCUGAGCAGCCCACAAGCUUCAGGUCCCAUCAUUCCUCUGCCCUCUAGCAUCUAAUUCUGAUGUGACCUUGAAAGAGGGAGGGACUAAAGGAAGAAGAGGAAGCCACCAAGCCCCUUCCAUUGCCACAGCUUUGGCUAGUUUUGCAUGCCUUGGCCUGGGAUCAUGAAAAAACUCAACAGCCACUCCCUCAACAAUGCUCCCUGUCUCUCAAGUAGUGUGGACAGAAGGUCCUCUGAUUGUCUACUCUGGCCCAUGGUGUGCUGCAAAUAAAUUCUGUUGACUGGAUUGGUAUACUGUAGAACAGGUGUGGGGUGGAAGAGGAGGAGGAGGAGGAAGAGGAAAAAGCUCCCUGACAUCACCCUAAUCAAAAGGCAACCUGAUUUUCAAGACAACAAUUUCAGCAUGUUUCCAGAUUUCCCCCUUUUCUUUUUUUCUUUUUAGCCUGGUGAUACUUCUGUUUCGGAAAAUGAUAGAAACUAAUUAAAUCUUUUUCACCUACUUCAUACAGGAUCAGAGAACUUUAUUCACUCCUUUUUAAACUAAACAUCAUUACUCUAGAUCAGGGGUUUCCAAACUGUGGUCCAUAUAAGAAAAAGUAGCAAUUAAAAUAUGAUUGGAAAUUAUACAGCAUUUAGCGCAGUGCAUUACAGUUGCUACAACAAGCGGGGGGGGGGGGGGAGAUCAUGAAGUUGUCUACCAAGACACUCAGCAAUUUUCAAGUAGUCCGUUGGAAGAAAAGUUUGGGAACCACUGUUCAAGAUCCCUAUGUUCAUCUAUGUAGUAUCCCCAUUUUACAAAUUCCUCUCCUUUCUCUUGUUCAUUUAAUGUACUUAAUGUAUGCAUAAAGAAUUAAACAGCUCACUGAUGAAAGUGAGUGAAUUAUGUUACUUAAUGACAAGUGGCAUAAUAGUAGUAGCAUAGACCUAAUGUUAGUAGAAUUUUUUGAGAAAAUUGGUUUGCUAUUCAAGCAUGUCAAAAAAGGCUAUAAAGAUUAUAUUAUGAAAGUUACUGUUCAUGGUAUUUUAGGAUUUAAGUGAAUUAUUCAGUGUAUAGUCAGCUAAAAUUUAAUAAUAAUAAUUAUUAAAAUUACUUAGAUUGUAUUUCAGUCUUCUAGAUUUUGUUUACUAAAUUAGCCUACACAGCUAAUUAUUUAUUUGAAGAAGUAGUCUAAACGUUAACAAUAACAUUUCAUGAAUAGCCUCCUCCAGUGGGCUAUUAGUUUUUAAAAUAGUUUUUAAAAAUAAUUAAAUAUUCUAAACUGUCUCCUAUCCUUUUUUAUAUCACCUAGAAUCCACUUGAUAAAUGUGAAGUAUAUUAAUACUAUUAUAUUUAGGAUCCAAAGAGCACUACUUUAUGUAUGUCCUAGGGUUUGGGCACGAUGAGUAGAAUUUUUUUGUUUCCUCUGACAUAUCCAUGGGCCAUAUCACAAGCAGCUUAUGCAACUCAACACAAUUUCAAGAUCAUUGCCAUGUGAGACUGAAAAGGGACCCACUGUUUGUUAUUCACAGCUUCAGACUGUCUUGGGUACAUAGAUACAACUUUUGUUGUAUCAUCCACAUACAACAAUUUCCAGUACCCAAAUGUAGUCUUAAACACAUCUUGCAUAGUCACCCCUUAACAAACCUGAGCAAUACUGAUGCCAAGUAAAGAUUGUAUGUGUUAUUUGAGCUUUUGAGUACCCAUACCACAACAGAAUAAACAUGCAAAUUUAGGUGUCAAAUAUUAGAAGGUUCAUUAGGUGCUUUUCAUAGAAACUGAAUGAAUCAUAGAAUUGUAGAGUUGGAAAGGAACCCUGAGGGUCAAUUUUGAAAUAAGAAACAAAUUUCUUAUGCUUUGAUUUGUUCCACAAGUCCUUUGUUUUUUUAGAAGGUUCCUAUUUUGAUUAAAAUGUUUCUUUAGUACUAAUGAGAAUUUUGGAAGCAUUGAAGUGCGCAACAAACUUUUUAAUGCUGCUAUCUUUUAAAAUCUUGUAACUAUCAAAUUGAAUCCUACCACUACAUACAUGGUCAGGGGAAAUGAAAAUAAUGAAGAACUAACUUCAGCAUGCAGCUUAUAGUUUUUCAUUCUCUAACAAAACUAUAUAUAAUACAUUAUUUCUUUCAUUCUUAACUCUUCCUUGGAAUAUAAGAAAAGGUUGACUUUUCAGCUGAUGGCAUUGAUCCAUGUUUGCUCUAAAACAGCAUGGAAAAAAUUGUUGAUGAUAUUGUUAGAGUAAACUAUUUUUUCAUACUUCAGUAAGCUGGUCCAGAAGUUAAGUCUGCUCCCUCUACCCAGAGUAAUGAAAUUAAAUGAAGAAUGAAAAACUAUGUUGAAGUACACUUACUUACUCAUCAACUGUGCUUUCUUAUCAGCUCUUAACUUAAUUUAGUUUGCAUUGACAUUCUCUGCCUUUUCUGUGUCUUGUGUAUCUCUGCUCUUUCAUUAGAUCCUCCUACUACUACCACUUCACCACCCACGAUUCCAUGGCUUCCUUCAACUGAUGGCAUCACAGGUUUAGCAACUCAGCCAAAACUAAAGCUUUUUCCAACAUCACCAUGGCCAGCAAUGCAGGAAGACAAUUGGGGCACUAUCAUCGGUAGUGCAGUGGGCGGGGCUCUUUUCCUGAUAUUUGUAUGUGUCUUGGCUGGAGUUAUCUUGUAUAGGAGAAGGAGGACGUUCCGUGGUGACUACUUCGCUAAGAACUACAUUCCACCAUCAGAUAUGCAAAAGGAGUCCCAAAUAGAUACCCUCCAGGUAGAGGAUGUGGAUUCUUACCCUGACAGUGUGAAAAAGGAAAUAAAACAUCCUGUGAACAGUCACAUAACUAAAGACUACUUGGGAGAAUCUGAAAAAACAGACUGGAACAAAGUAGACACUAUUAACAGGUACCAGGACAGGUAUGAAAGACCAAUGGAUUACUAUGAAGGUGGAACACUGGGAAUGAAAUACUUAGGUGAAGAAUGUUAUGAAGAAAAUGAAGAUGACUUAGUUUCACAUGUAGAUGGCUCUGUAAUAUCUCGAAAGGAGUGGUAUGUCUAAAGACCACCUUCAAGUCUUGACUAUACAUAAAGCUCCUUCAUUAGCUGAUCACUUUCAGAUUGUUUAUACUUUUUCUUGAGGAAUAGGUUUUUGAAGUUGAUUUUCAAGCUUUUUAUAUUCUAACUUGACAAUUGAAAUGUAAAAACCUCAUUUAAAUGUAUUGAAGCUGCUUUAUUAUUUUUUUCAAUGCUGUACUACUGUCUUUCACAAGAUAUGAAUUUUAAUAUAGUGCUUUAUUUGGCCUAUAGCACAAGAUAACCAAGUGCUAAGUGGAAAAAGAAAUUGUUAUAAAAAGUUUGAAAUGAAGCAACUGUCUUUGCUUGUGACUACAAAUUUAUGAUCAAGACUUACCUUGAUAGUACUUUUUGAUCCAUAAUUCUAGUAAACCGUAACAUGAAACUGAUUCAAGUACAGAGCUGAUCUAAGGUACACUUCGUUUACAAAAAAUUUAUGACAUGAAAUAUUCUGAUGGCACAGUUUUUUCAAAGCUUUAUUUUUAGGUUUUCUGCACAGAAUUUAAUACCUCUACAUUUUUGAGCCUUGCCAUUUAGAUACUGUAGUAGGUGGUACCUUUUACAGAUGACUUGUUGCACUGAACCUGCUGCAAUAGACUUUUCAAUGAAUAAAGUCUUGCAGCAUAACAGGAACUCUAUAUUUUUACACUGCAUUUUAUUUCCAAGCACUGGGAUGUAAGAUUCCAAUCACUUCAGUUGUGUUUCCAGACUCAUCCUUUCCAGAAGAUCUAUUAAAUGUUAUGUUGAUACAAUACAAACAGUUUACCCUACCUAAAUGGAAAAAAGUAAUGUUCAGGAAAUAGUAGGUUUCCAUAACAUUAAUUAAGCACAGAGCUAUAAAUGUGUUGAGUUGAAACCCAGAUGCAACUUCUGUAUUUGAAUGAAGAUGCAUUUUAAGAAAUAAACUUUUGGCUUUUCACAGAAUUUGAUGGUACAAGAAGUAUUUGGACUGUCUAAAGAAAUGUUGGCUAAAAAGCAGGGAAGCAUUAAAUGCAGGAGCAAAUUUAGACUUUGUAAGCAUUUGUCACUAUGAAAAGCAUGGCAUAUUUUGAAAGAGAAGGAUGAAACACUUUGGCUUAAACAGAAAAUAUACUAGCAUGGUAUAUUUCAUAUGAGGCAUUUUGAGACAUUUAUGCUGCUUGAAAAGAAUUGGAGUAGUGCAGUAAAAUUACUAUUAAAGUAAAUUAUUACUUAAUAGAUGGGAGAAACAAAUAUAUGUAAGGAGGGAUUUUCUCUGAAGGACAUAGGAAAUAGAGGCAACUGUGUUGUUUAAAAAUACAUCUCACAUAUAGGCUUUAGAAUACCUAGUUGGUUGUGUAGAGAAUAUAGCACAAUCAAUAGGAGCCCAUCAUACUUGCUUAGAAGCAAAUGCCAUUGAAAAUCCUAUGUUCAAACAUGCUCAAAACUGAAAAGGUAGAUGAGUGUUUGCUUCAAUAGAAACUUCUUUAAAACAUUUGCAUAUGAAGAAUUAGAUGAAUUUGGUAGCAUGUGUACAGACAAUAUUAAUGCUUUUUAGCUUCCCAGUAAAAACCUUGGAAGUAAUAUGAGCACAUUACAUAAUGACUUGCAGUAUUUUAGAGCUUUUCAGUCAGUACAGUAUCUGUAUUAAGGUGCAGUUUUGACAGCACACUGUGACUUGGUUGCUAUGUCUUCAGAAAUGUGACUGCAGUUGAGUAUAAAUACAUGAAACAGGUUUUCUACGCGUCUCUAUCACAUUGAUAAUUUAAGUGGUAACACUAUUUUACUUCACCAAAGUAUGUCUUCAGUACAUUUGGAAGUAAAAUUAUUAAACCAUGCUUGCCUGUGAACUCAAGUGAGUUUCAAUAAUUGCUUCAUGGAUCUGAUCCAUCAAUGGCUGAAGUUCUUACUUCAGUUAGCUUUUGAUCAGGCCACAAGGUAGCAGGUCCUAAUUUGUGCGUGUGUGUUUUUGUUGUUUUUUUUAAAGCUAGCUCAUGGUCUUAGGAACAUCUCCAUUGUAAUGCCAUACUUUUCUGUAAGCCCUCUAGAAAGCUUUCUUGUAACACUCAAAUUUAGAAGCAAGUACCUAAUAUUCUGUGUUUUCAAUAUAAAUUUGUUAAAAUUUGAUCAAGAGCUUUACAGUUUAAAAUGAAGAGGUUCAUACUAGGUUUAAGAUGUUCAGUGUUGCAGUGUUUUUACCUAAUGUAUGUUUGGUGUAAAUACAGAAUUGAUUGUAAGUAUGAAUAGUUGUGUGAAAUAAAUCUUUUGUUAAAUUAAUUUCUUGAAUGCAGGUCAUAUGCACAAAUGAUGGAAAGGCAUAUAAAAUGUAAUAGAGGUUAGAUUUGUGGUGAGGAAACAGGUAGACUAGAAAAUGAGAGCUGAAUACAGAAAAAACUGUUGAAUUAGUACUUCUAUAUAGCAUCUGAAAUACUUAACUAUAUUGGUAAAAGUGUUCAUAGAUUACUUACUAGUCAACAUAGCUGUCCUUGAUGACAGAUUGUAUAUUUUGUACUCCAUAGUCAGUACUCCAUAAUGCAGUUUUUAGCUGCAGAAAGUUUGGUCUGCUGUUUUGCUUGAAGUUGCCAAAUUAUUUUACUCUGUCAACUAUGGAGAAAAGUUGAUAACGAUAAACACAAGACUUGAGUUGGUCUUGCCUUCAGAUGACUCUACACAUGUAAGAAUCCCCAAACAAAUAGAAUCCAUACACAGGACAAAUAUGGAUUGUGCCCAGCGUAUUUUGUAGUACUAUUUCUCAGCAUGUCCAGAAAACAUUUGCUGCUGUAGCCACCAACAUGCCUUUAGUGUUUAUAUACAAAGUAGCUAUUAUUGAGAUGGUCCUUGUUUAAAAUCAGAUGAGCCAGCACAAGUUGAUUUCCAGAAUGAAUGAAAAACGAUUGCAGCAUAGCAUAAACAGUUUGAGUUUUGCGAGUUGUAUCAGCUGGGAGACAACCUAAUACAUAGCUAUGUAUGUAUGCUUUGUGAUGAAGAUUGUAUGCUUGUGUGAUGAAAGCAUAUGUGCCUAUUUUGUCAAUGCUGCUAAAUAUAUGUAUACUUUGGUGUAAUCAUGUUCGUUGGAUUAAUAGCUUGGGAGUCAUUAUGCAGUAGCAAACUUCCAGACACUCAUUCUUUGCCAGUUGGUUGUUGCGCAUUCCAUUCUUCCUGAGAAGAGCUGAUUUUGCAGCUUGCUAAUGAUUCCCAGGCAGUUUCCCAUUCACGUAGUUUUCAGAGUCAAUUCUAUGUAGCAUCAGUAGAAUUGCAUUGUGUGCCUUCAGACCAUUCUUUGGGCUGCUAAGUCAAAGAACUCAGUUGAUAGUAUUCUGCAGUUUGCAAAUUACAUUCAGUGUGUAAUAAAUCACAAGUCCUCGUGAAUAUCGAUGUUGAGUGUGAGAAGUACUGAUAGUUCAGUUGGGAAAUAGAUUAGAAAGGGAAGGUGUGUACCCUUCAUACUUAAUAUUCAUAUUUGCCAUGAAUGAACAGGCUUUCUUGGGUAGGGGAAAUGCAGUAGUGUGGCCCAAGUGAGCUUAAGUUAGAUCCCCUGAAAGCAGUGGCCUUUUUUUUACUUAGUUUUUGCUUUGGUUAGCCUUGGUUUCAAUAAAACAUUGUCUUAUAUAGCUUGUCCCUGUAUACAUUUGUUGAUGCAGGUGCGGAUCUUUCCUCCAAGAUGAAAAAAAAAGCAGUUUGGGGGUGAUAGUGUGAAAAUUCUGAUAUGGGAAUGAAUCAAGAAGUACCCCACCUGUACAUUCUGCAUUGGAUUUCAUCCUCCACAGCCACAUUUUGCAAAAGGAAAAACAUAGGGACAAACUAUACACCGUGUGUAGUUGAGACAUGUAUAAGUAAUAUUUUAGGUGGAUUUGGGCCAUUGGUAUAUAGACCUCCGAAGUCUAGACCUUUCCCCCUUGGAAAUGAUGUCAAAAUUCAAAGUAGGCUGUUAUAUGAACGUUUUUCAUGGCGGUGUUGCAUGUUGGUGAAGCAAAAAGCAGUGCAUGCAUUCAUAUAUUCUGAGAUAUCUGAGAUAUGGUGGAGAUAAAAAUAAUGCUAAAGAUAUUUUCAAAUACUUCUGAAAUAUUUAAGCAAUGAUUUGCACAUACAGUACAGGUAACACAUUUCAUUUAACAGAGUAACUGGGCAACUAAUUAACUUGCCACUAAAGGGUAACAUUCUUAUUGACCUACCACUGUGGUCCACUUCUGCUAUGAUGAGUCAAUUGUGAACAUUUCUAAUGUACCUGGUGUAGUUCCUGGUUUUCAACAUGUCAGGCCUUCAGAUUUUUAGAGAUUUUGUUUGUGUUUUAAGUAAAAUAAAACAAUGUCUACUGAUUUCUACAAAAAAAGAUACAGCUAGCACAUUUGAUAGUAAAAUUAGAUAACUUCAGAUAUCGUUGCUUUGUCCUAUCUCAGGGAUAUAGAAUAAGCAAAGUUGCUUUGGUAAGUAUAACUUCAGUAGCUUACGCUUUUGGAUUCUUAAAGUAUUAGAUAACUAUUUCUAAACCAGACGGAACUUUCAGUAUAACUGCCAUUUAUUUUUGUAUGUUGUUCCUAUGCACAGUCUAAAAACAAAUGGUUCUGUUUGUAGAUUGAAAUACAAAAGUUUGCUAUGCUAAAAAUUACUUUUCUAGACAUUGUUAAAGGCAUCUGUCUCAAAUACUUAACGCCUUGUGAGUUAAGAAUUGAAAAUCAUUUUCAUGUCAACAUAUUUUGAUUCCUCUUUUUUCAUCUUUAAAAGUUUAAGACUGUAUGUUCAAAUUCUGCCUUCAGCAAUCAUUUUUUAAUACUGCAUAGCUGUUGAUGACCCGCAUGCAGUGGAAAUGAUAAAUUGUAGAUUCCACAACAUGUUUAACUCGGAGGCAGCUAACUUUAUUUCUUUUUCCUGAAUUUGAGGAGUUUUGAUAACAUGACUCAUUGCUUGAAAAUCAUAAUGCAUGCUGAAUUACAUUUCAGAUGUUCCGUUUAAGCAGUCGUCAUCAGUAGCUGUAGCUGGGGCUGUCAUAGGAGCAGUACUUGCUCUCUUUAUCAUUACCAUCUUUGUGACAGUACUACUGACUCCCAGAAAGAAAAGGCCCACUUACAUGGACAAAAUGUAAGUUUUUUGUUUGUUUCUAAGCUGAUAUCCUUGCUUUCUAAAAAGCUUGAAGUGUUUACUCUCCCUUUUCUCAUGCUAUACCAUUCUAUUCUGCUUUAAGGCACAGUCCCUGUAGUGCUAAUACAAAAUGUCAGCAUACACUACUCAAAAAAUAUAUACCUAGUCUAAGAUCUUUACACUAGCACAAAUUAAAAAUUCUUUGUGUUUCUAAUGUGUUUAUUUUAUUUUUAUUUAGAAAGAUCUGUAGACUGCUUAAUCACAAAACUCUGUAACCAGUAUACAUUAUAUACUUAUUGAAAAAGCACAGCUAAAAUGAUGCCAUCUGCAGUGAUAUCAGCAAAGGCUAAUUAUCUGUUAUUUGUAAAGUUUGGCUUUUAUGUUUCUGUUGAAUAUGUUGGUGCUGGGUGGGUGGAACCCCUAAAAUAAUAUUGUUUACCUGCCUCUAUUCGUUGUACACCUAGACGUACAAUAAAGGUGUUGUUAGGUUUAAGAAAUCAUAGUGCUUCCCUUUUAAUUUCUCAAUAGUCUCUUACUGGCUAUUCAAAAUCUAGCAACUUUCUGACUUUAUAGAUAUUCUAUUGGCUUUUAGCUUUAAUUAAAAAAGAAAAAAAGAAUGAGUCUCGGUUUCCUGCUGGGUAGGUGUGGGUGUGGGUGUGGGAGAGAUAAAUAUGAUGAUCUAGAAAUCAUUCAUAGUUCUACCCCAGACUGAACUUAAUUCACCUUCAGUUCAUCCAGCAAUGUUAAGCACUACUUUCAGAGAUUUUGUAAACUAGUUCUGUGAACUUCAUUCAGCUGACCUGAGGGUCAUAGUAGAUAGCUCAUUGAAGAUAUUGAGUGAGUGUGCUAGCGAUCAUUAGGAAAGGAAUAAAACUACCAAUAUCCUAAUGCCAUUAUAGAAAUCUCUGGUGCGGCUACAUCUGGAAUACUGUGUACAGUCACCUCACCUCAAAAUGCAUAUUGAAGAGUUGGAAAAGGUUCAGAAAAAGGGCAACCAAAUAUCAAGGGGAUUGAACGAUACCCUUAUGAGGAAAGAUUGCAGCCUUUGGAACUUCUUGGUUAAGAGAAAAGGCGAAUAAGAGGUGACAUGAUAGAAGGUUGUAAAAUCAGACAUAGCAUGGAGAAAGUUGCAAGCGAAAAGCUCCCCCAGCUCCCAAACAUAAGACUAGAACUCCUCAACAUUCAAUGUAGCUGAAUGUUGGAAGAUUCAGGACAGGUAAAAUAAAGUACUUUUUCCAUAGUUAAACUAUGGAAUUCUCUCCCCCAAGUAGCAGUGAUCACCACCAACCUGGAUAGCUUUUAAAGAUAAUUAUACAAAUUCAGGGAGAAUAAGGCUGCCAAUGACUACUAGCCAAGAUGGCUAUACUCCAGGGUUGGAGACAGCAAUGCUUCUGGAAACCAAUUGCAGGAAAUUGCAGGAGGGGAGAGUGCUCUUGUGCAGUCUUCCCAGGUGCAUCUGUUUGGUCACUGGGCUAGAUGGGCCACUGGACUGAUCCAGCAGGGCUGUUCUUAUAUGAUGUGCUCUGUUUCUCUUUAUACAGGUAAUGCUUGACAAAUCUGUUGAGUUAUUCAAACCAAUGCCAUUUAAGAAAUUGUCGCAAGUGGGAUACUUGCAAUUUUAUAUUAAUGGCAUUUCCUAUUCUAUGACCAAGGAAGUUUCCAUUUUACUUGUUUACAGCUGUAAUCUGCACUUGAUUCAAUUAUUUCGCCAAUAGUGGUGACUAAACUCCAAGUUUUCCAAUGCAGGAUUGAUCUUCCACCAACACACAAGCCUCCGUCUUCAUAUGAAGAAAGAGCUCGUUCCUUGUCUCAGAAAGAAAUAAUUCUUCCAGUAAGUUAUUGAUGAAGCAUACUUCCAAAGUAAAAGGAUCUUUUAAUGUUGCUUAAUACAAAUUGAUCUAUAGAAGAUAUUCAGUUGACAUAAGACAUUAUUUUGUUACUCAGUUGAUAUAGUAUAUUUCUGCCAGCCAGACUUCUAAGUAAUUACACUAAUAUAUUUAAUUCCCAUAUGAGGGUUUAAUCAGGUUCUUGAACCUCAAAAGACUGUUAUGGGUUUAUCCCAAGCUGGAGUCCUCUUUGAGAACGAACCUCAGAUUGCAUUAUAUAUCUGAGUAAAUGUAUGUGUGUCUUGUCAAGUCUGAAGGGUGCACGCUCAUGAACUUCAUUACAUGUCCCUUUUAAAAUACUUGGAAGUGAGUGUUGAAGGAAUUGCAGGUAGUAAAUCUUCUGCAACCCCAUCCCCACAAGAGUUUUACUAAGACUCAUGGCAAGAGUGGCAGCAAAUAUUUAGGGGUGGGCAGGGGAAGGUGGGAGAAAUACUUGUUCAGUCAACUUUAUUAUUAAAGGUAAAGGGACCCCGGACUGUUAGGUCCAGUCAUGGAUGACUCUGGAGUUGCAGCGCUCAUCUCGCUUUACUGGCCGAGGGAGCUGAUGUAUAGCUUCUGGGUCAUGUGGCCAGCAUGACUAAGCUGCUUCUGGUGAACCAGAACAGUGCACGGAAAUGCCUUUUACCUUCCCGCCGGAGCAGUACCUAUUUAUCUACUUGCACUUUGACGGGCUUUCAAACUGUUAGGUUCGCAGGAGCAGGGACCGAGCAACAGGAGCUGACCUCGUUGUGCGGAUUCAAACUGCUGACCUUCCUAUCGGCAAGCCCUAGACUCAGUGGUUUAGACCACAGCGCCACCCGUGUCCCUCAACUUUAUUACAAGCCCACACAAAAGUUAUUUUAAUUUCACCCCCAUUCAAAGGAAUGCUUACCCACUGCCCACUGAAAGUAAUGAAGAAGUCUGGGCCACAUACUUUGAUUCCGCGUAAUGCAUAAUGGAUUUCUGUACCACGUUAAAUGGCUUUUCAGGAGUCCACAUUCUGUAUUGUUAUUUAGCCACCCAAAUCUACUGUUAGGUUCUUCUACGGCUAUAGAAACCAACAGGAUCGGAGGAAUGCAGCCACUCCAGAAAAAGCUAGAGUUAGCCCUAACAAUAUGAGGCAGUAAUCUUUCUAGCCUACGCAGUCAACGACAUGGUCACCAUUGCAUUCUGACUAAGAAAAUCUAUCAAAGGCAUGCAAGUUUCUGGUCACUGAAGCUUUCAGUAUAAGAUUGUGUAAAUCCUUGUGUUCCCCAACUAGCAGUUGAAGCUCCUGAAAUACUGAUGUGAAAGAAUAUUGUGAGCAAAACGAGGUUCGGGGUCAAGCUGCCUGGUUAAAAGUUCUAGACAUCAUCUAAUAGUGACUAAAUACAGUCUAGCCAGGCCCCCAGCACACACCAUUCUGACGUAAUCAUGCAGUAUUGUAGAACUGAAUAGUGUUUGUUUAGUACACUAUGAAGCAAAAAACGUUUGGCUUAUAUUAUAAAAUAUCAAAGGAAGUAGAAUAAACCCAGACAAAAUAUGACUACCAAUUCAGAAAGCAGCAUGACUCCAUCAGAAUCAAGUGAUGUUCUAAUGUUUGGCUAGCAAAUCUCAGAAGAGACUGGCAUUGUUAAGCUUUGGCAUCCACUUGUAAUGAAAGCUGAUUGGCUUUGCAUUAACUAUUGGCUUUGCAUUAACUGUUGCGAAUUCAUUGCAUCCAAAACUACAGUUAAAAUAAUUUUGCAUAUUGGAAUCUUUACAGAAUGCAAAGCUGCUUCACUAUAGUUGCCCAAAAUUAUGUAAGGAUGAGCUGCAAGCAAGAUACUCGUGUUUGCUUUCUGUGUUAAAGAUUAAGCCAGUGUUGGGUUGAGGUUGAGGUUGAGGUAGGGGGUUGGUAUUCAUUUCUGAGGUUUGGAGAUAAUUUGUGUGCAAGUAAUGUAGAACUUAAAAAAAAAAAAUCCUUCUCAAUUCUUCUAAAAUCAAAGUGCUUAUGAAAUUCUCUUUGUUUUCUAUAUUAUUUUGUAGAAUGAUACCAGGUGAUAAGAAGACAUAAAUGCAUUCUUACUGUGUACAUUGCUGUAGCUGCAUGUGAUUUUGGUAUAAGGCACAUUCAUAUCUAUCUUAAGUCAAGAUGUUUUCCUUAUUAUUAUUUUUUAACUAUUUAGUGCCUUUCAUCAAACUUCCAUAGAAACAACAAAAUAAUACUAUGCAAACAGAAAACAAUACAGCAGUAACUAAAAGCACAGCAGAGUGAUUGUUAAUUUCAAACUUCAACUGAUACAAAACAAAUACUUGACUUUCUGGACAGCCAGCAAGGAUGAUACUCUUCACUUGGGGCAGAAGUUCUCUUAAUACUGGGUUGCCUACAGAAAUGGCCCUGCAUUGUGGGGAGGCUAGACCUUCCCUACAACAUGGAUGAAUCUGUGGCAGGUCCUCAGCAUUAGCUCUUAAGUGUCAGGAAGAUCUUGUUUCUUGAAGCAUGUAGUGACUGCCCCAACACUGGUCAUCACAGCAGUCUCAGUAAGUUUGGCACCCAGCAAAAGUCCCGAUGUGCAAGUGGACUGGAGUACUGCCACUGUCGUGCCUGCUACUUCUUCACUGGCCACAGCUGGUGCAAACAUUUCAGCAGCAAAAGAUUAUGCCACAGAUCGUCUACUGAUGAAUCCUUCUGCUCGAAGCACUGCUGAGACAGAAACCACAGUGCCUACUCUCAGACCUUCCCCACUUUUCCACAUUGAUCAGUCUUCUUUGAGUCUUAGGAUCCAGAUGUUUGCAGUGCCUUAGAAUCUGCUUCUAGCCUUUCUCCCUUCUAGGCAGCAAACAGAUGCCUGGUGUCCAAAACUGGGUGGAAUGCAAGGUGCUGUAAGUUUUUAUAAACCUGAGUUUUGAAUGAGAAGGAGGACAUGGAGCCAGAAGAAAAGAAAAUACCCUGUUUCUGAAUAACAGUUUCAUAUUUCUGCCUCCAAUGCAAAGUGUUGGUUUUGACCUUUAGGGCCCUAGCUUGGAUUCAGGGUACUUGGAGGAUAGCCACUCCCAACAUGUACCUGCCUUAGCAUCAGCAUCUUCAGAAGCUCUUCUCCAGGUGCCCCAAUCAGGUGAAAUGUGUCAAAUAUUUACCAGUGGAAGUGCCUUUUCAGUAGUGGCGCCCCAGUUAUGUAAUGUCCUCUCCACACUUUGCACAAUAUCGCAACCUCUCCUGUGCUGAACAGCCUUGUAGUUAGGAGUGGUUCCCAGAAUGCUGGAUUCCUCACCUCUAAUCAAGGGCAAACAAGAUAGUAUGCAUAAACUCAACCUUCUGCAACUCAGCCUUUCCCCUGAAAAACACUCAAGGAAGAGGUCACAUGGACUGCUGAAUCAAGCAGAGGGAGCAGGUGCCACACAUUCUUCACUGUUGGGUUUUUGCUUCAGAUGACCCCUUGGUAAAAAAUUGUCACUACUAUAUCACUUGGGACGUGGGUGGCGCUGUGGGUUAAACCACAGAGCCUAGGACUUGCCGAUCAGAAGGUUGGUGGUUCGAAUCCCCGCAACGGGGUGAGCUCCCGUUGCUCAGUCCCUGCUCCUGCCAACCUAGCAGUUCGAAAGCACGUCAAAGUGCAAGUAGAUAAAUAGGUAGCGCUCCAGCGGGGAAGGUAAACGGCGUUUCCGUGCGCUGCUCUGGUUCACCAGAAGCAGCUUAGUCAUGCUGGCCACGUGACCCGGAAGCUGUACGCCAGCUCCCUCGGCCAAUAAAGCGAGAUGAGCGCCACAACCCCAGAGUCAGUCAUGACUGGACCUAAUGGUAAUAAAGAACCUAAUGGUACCUUUACUAUAUCACUUAGUAUGGAAGAUUAUGCCCAUAUGCAGAAUAAAUGUGAGCCUUAUAUGAAGCUUUUCAACCAUUAAAUAAUACUAAGUUUUGAAGAAUACUGUAAAAGGGAGAAUACAGUGGUGCCUCGCAAGACGAAAUUAAUUUGUUCCGUGAGUUUUUUCGUCUAGUGAAUUUUUCGUCUUGCGAAGCGCGAAAUCCCAUAGGAAUGCAUUGAAAUUCAAUUAUUUCGUUCCUAUGGUCAAAAAAAGUCCAAACAAAGCCAAAUUUGGUACAACAAGAGUUUAUUAAGUGCUCUUUAAAGUCACACAUACUGUAAAGAGCAUUUCAAAAAUUGAUGGAACAAUAAAUUAAGUUUCUAAACAUGACAGAAAAACAUUUAAAAAUCAACAAAGUGUACAGUACAUUUUCUAAGACUCUGGGGACCACUCGAAGAAGGUUCCUCUUCCACUCUUUGCUUCUUGCUGAAGAACCUGUCCAUGGUCUGCUGCUUCAUCCGCCUUUUCAGCACCUCCCUGAAAGGCGACAUGACCCUCGUAUCAAAAGUGUUCACAAGGUCAUGUGCCAUGUGCUUGUCAGGGUGGUGCCGCUGUGCAAAAGCCUGCACAUCCUUCCACUUCAUGCAAAUGUCCCUCAGUUCUUUGGAGGACAGCCGUUCCUCAGUUGCUUCCUCCUCUUCCAGCGAGGCCUGCUCCUGCGCAGCCUCUGCCUACAGUUCGACCAGCUCCUGGGUGGUCAGCUCGUGGCCGUGCUCCUCCACCAGCUCGCUGAUGUCCUCCUCUGUGACCUCCAGGCCCAUGGUCCUCCCCAAGGCAACAAUGUCCUGCACCACUGUUGACUCUGGUGCAUCAGAGUCACUUGGUGCAUCAGAGUCACUUGGUGCCACACAGUCCGGCCACAGGCUGCGCCAAGCGCAAUUCAAAUUUCUCUGGCUGAUCCCGUUCCAGGCCGUGGUGAUCAUCUUCAAGCAGGUGACGAUGUCGAAGUGGUCCUUCCAGAAUUCCCGCUGGGUGAUGGUGGUGCAAUCAGUCACCUCGAAGCAUCGCCUGAAAAGCUCCUUGGUGUAGAGUUUUUUGAAAUUGGCGAUGACCUGCUGAUCCAUCGGCUGGAGCAGUGGCGUGGUGUUAGGCGGCAGGAACAUGAUGCUGAUGAAGCUGAAUUCCUCCAACAAGUCCUCCUCAAGGCCUUUAGGAUGAGCAGGAGCAUUGUCCAUCAGAAGCAAAGCUUUCAGCGGCAGGUCAUUGUCCAGCAGGUACUGUUUGACAGCAGGGCCAAAAGCAAGAUUGACCCAGUCCACAAACAGCACACGUGUGACCCAAGCCUUACUGUUGGAUCGCCACAUGACACUCAGCCGCUCCUUGUCGACCUUGUGUUUCUUGAAGGCCCGUGGGUUCUCCGAGUGGUACACCAGCACGGGCUUGAUCUUCAGGUCGCCGCUUGCGUUGGCACAGAAGAGCAGGGUCAGACGGUCCUUCAUGGGCUUGUGGCCAGGCAACUUGGCCUCCUCCUGUGUGAUGAAAGUCCUUUUGGACAUCCUCUUCCAAAACAGCCCGGUCUCGUCGCAGUUGAAGACCUGCUGUGGAGCGUAGCCCUCCGUCUUCUUCACAGCCUCCAGGAACUCCACUGCAAAGUCUUCAGCCGCAGGAACAUCAGAACUGGCAGCCUCUCCAUGCCUGACCACGCUGUGGAUUCCAGAUCUUGCCUUGAACCGGUCAAACCAACCUCUGCUUGCCUUGAAGACUUCUGGCUCGCCUGAGGUUCCUGGCUGUUCCCGGACGAGGUCUGCGUGCAAGGCCUUGGCCUUCUCACAAAUGACGGCCUCAGUCACUGUGUCCCCUGCACGCUGCUUCUCUUCUAACCAGAUGAGCAGCAACUUCUCCACCUCCUCCAGAACAGCUGGGAGGUUCUUUACGAUCCUGGUGACUCCCUUGGCUGCAUCAGUCGCAAGGAUCUUCUCCCUCAUCUUCAGGAUAGUCCCGAUGGUCGAUGGAUUCCUCCCGUACUCCCUGGCGAGGUCUGUCACACGCAUUCCACCGUCGUGCUUCCGGAUGAUCUCCUUCUUCAUUUCCAGCGUCACCUUCUCCUUCUUCCUCUCGCCGGCCUCUGCAGCAGCAGUCUUCUUGGGUCCCAUGGCAGCACAGCUCCUAGCUUCGCAAACUCAGAAAGAAAAAAAAAGAAUCAGUGCUUCACAUCCAAAAAAUUCAAAAGCACCCAGCCACCCACCACACAGAAAUUCAAACCCAGAACCAAGUCCUUGAAUUCCAAACACCCAACCCAAAAUCCAAAACCCCCCAAAAAAGUUUUAAAAGUUUAACCUACCAAAUGGCUGCAAAAGAAGUUUUGGAAAAGCUUCAAAAAUCGCCAAAGUCUUCUAAAACCUCAAAUGGCUGCAAAAGAAGUUUUGGAAAAGCUUCAAAAAUCGCCAAAGUCUUCUAAAACCUCAAAUGGCUGCAAAAGAAGUUUUGGAAAAGCUUCAAAAAUCACCAAAGUCUUCAAAAACCUCAACUGUUCCCCCAGCCACCCACCCACCACACAGAAAUUGCAAACCCCUCCCCAACUGUUGCAAACCCCUCCCCAACUGUUCCCCCAGCCACCCACCACACAGAAAUUCAAACCCAGAAUUUUUUUAAAAAAAACAACAACAUGGCCCAAUGGUCACAGAAAAUCAUAAAAAUGCAGAAAAAAACCACACAAGCUUCCAGAUUCUUGCAAACCCCUCCCCAACUGUUCCCCCAGCCACCCACCACACAGAAAUUCAAACCCAGAACUUUUUUUAAAAAAAACAACAUGGCCCAAUGGUCACAGAAAAUCAUAAAAAUGCAGGGGGGAAAAACAAGCUCCCAGAUUCUUGCAACCCUCUCCCCAACACCAAGUCCUUGAAUUCCAAACACCCCAACCCAAAAUCCAAAAACCCCCAAAAAAGUUUUCAAAGUUUAACUUACCAAAUGGCUGCAAAAGAAGUUUUGGAAAAGCUUCAAAAAUCGCCAAAGUCUUCAAAAACCUCAAAAAAGGCUACCACACCGCGUGCUAUGAGUUGCUCCUCGAAGUCAAGUCGCAACUGCACCUCUUCAAGCAAUGCACCUUGGGUUUUAACGGUUUUAUGAAAAAGGAAACAAACUUGCAAGACGUUUUCGUCUUGCGAAGCAAGCCCAUAGGGAAAUUCGUCUUGCGAAGCAGCUCAAAAAACGAAAAACCCUUUCGUCUAGCGAGUUUUUCGUCUUGCGAGGCAUUCGUCUUGCGGGGCACCACUGUAGGCCUUCAUUCAAUAUUUGUUUUUCUUUUACUGAGCUGUCUUAAUACUGUUUUAAAUUGCAUGUUGACAAAUAUUAAUGGUACUGAAUGUGCAUUGUAUUGAAGAAAGUAUAAGUUACAGAAAAUCCAUAUCAUUAUACUAUAAAUUAAGUCAUUGUAUUUAUUUAUUAUUUAGGAUUCCACAGCAAUUAAUACGUCUAAUUUGAGUAUUGUCAUUCAAGGACAUACCUUUUAAGAAGAAAGCAAUAUGAUGAAGAAGCCAGAUAGAUUUUUGUUUCAUACUUUAAUCAUCUAUUUUGGUUUUUUUAGAAGAUGGUAAACUGCAGGCAACUGAGCUAUGAAGAAGAAAAUUCCUUGGCUCAUGAUAGCCAUCAGCAAAUGUGCCCAGCUUUCAAGCAAACAAAUUGCAAAGACUGGAGCAGCAAGAAGCAUCCUGAGCCAGACAAUAGAAGAGUGUAUAUCAAUCCCAGGGAACAUUAUGUUUGACUUCUCACCUGUAAAUUGAUGAUCAAAAGUAAUAUGACUUUUCUAAUAACUGUUUUAUAUCAUAUGGAUUUCUAGAUUAUAUGAUUUAGGUUCAAUGAAUGCUUUGCCUUCUCUUAUUGUGGAAAAAAUGAGGCAAAGGAAAUGGGAAUAGUAGUAAAACUCAAAUUUGUAGAGAACAGUGUUUCUUAAUGCUUUACUACGGUAAUCUGUCUACCACAGAUUUCUGUGUAUUUUGAAAUUUCUAUGUAUUUUUAUUCAACUUGGAUGGGGGUAUAAUGGUGAAAUUAGAGCCAAUUUUUCUUAGCUAUUCCUCUGAAUUGUUUCUACCUAACUAACCCUAUAAUAUUUACUGCUGUGAGUUUGUCCAAUCUCCCCCACUCUGCAGCUUCAUUGGCUGCUGCUUUUUGGAGUAUGGAAAGUUGCAUUGCAAUGACAUUGCAUCAUGUGUUUUGUAAUCUUAGAUAUUACUGGAAGGGAGAAGAGAAGGCAUGGGGUCUUGCAUUUGGCUACAGUCAUGAAUGCUUGUAACAGUAAAAACCAAGUGCUCAUUUACUGAUUUGUUGCCUUAUAGGAAAUGCUGGAAGGUGUUGCCUACUUCAUAAAUGGACGGUUUUGCUGUUGUCCUGGGUUAAUGCUAGCCUAAAUCGUUACCUUGCCAUUUAAAACUGGAGCACAAAUUUUCAGGAUUCACUUUCAUACCAGUGAUUCUUACCUAAAUCAGAUUAUUUUAGUCAUUCGCUUAAUCAGGCAUACCAGAAGUAAAAAUUGGAAUAUUGAAAAGGUAAAGAGUGACUUCAUGUACUACAGAAAGAGAAAUAAAAAUAACGUAGCAAAAAUAAUGGAUAAGCUGUUUGUUUUUGUUCCAUUAUUUACAUGAGUGUAGAAAACAAUUUAACAGGGAACCCAGCUGGAUGCAGUUUCUUCUGAAUUUCCCAUAUUUAGUAUUUUUUAGCUAAUUUCUUUGGCCUAAUUAUGUGUAAUCCCAUAGCCAUAAAGGGCUCCUACGUUCAGUCUUUUCAUUUACAUUGCAAGGUGCAUCGACCAGUUACUUUGCUGCUUUGUUCUCAAAUGUAGUAAAAGGUUGGCUUCACCUAAUGUGUCUUAUUUAGACCUGCAAACAAGUGGGGAGGUCCUAUCAUGCUGCCAAUAACAGGCCAGUGGGAGGUGUAGAUAGUUCUACAAGCCUACAUUUCAUUGGUUUUCAUCCUUAUUAUGCGGAACAAUGUUAAAGGUUCCAUGGGGUUUAUAGAAAUGCAAAUAGGCCUUUGAACAGAGUUUCAAGUUUAUUGCUGAAGGUAAGUAGCAAAAUAAAUGGCAAGUAACCUUGAAAUGCAAAUUAUGUACUAAGAUGUAGCUUUUAUGUAAAAAGCCUGGCUAAGUCAAUUGUGCCUGUACAAAACAAAUGCAUUUCAGUUCUAUAUGUAAAGAGGUGUAGCUUGAUUUAGGUGCACGUUUGCCUACAUGAUUUUGUGUUUUGAGCACAGAGCUUAGAAAAAUGGCUGAGGUAUGUAUAGGGAGAUUAGUGAAUUUAGAGCAGACGAUAAAGUUUCAAUAAAGAUGAAUUUGAUACACUGUUUAGUGUUUCAACACAAGACCUUAAACACAUUCAUAUUUUUGUUGCUUAAAAAUGUAUAAGUGGUUUUGCAUUUUAAACACAAACUUUGUUUUUAAUACUUAUAUAUGUGCCAAUGUCAGUUUGAAGAAAUGUGAAAGUAGAAAAUUUGCAUUGAACUAUUCUAAACAUGCCUGGGUGGAUAGAAGAAGUUGUUUCAUUUAUUUCUGCAUAGUAAGCAAAAUAAAUUGGACCCAAGCAG